GGACUCGGAUUUAGACUUGGCUCAGACAGCAGCAGCACCAGUGGAGGUUCAAGCUGUCAGCUAUUACGGUAGCCUUACAAGGCUUCAUGACAGAGGUUACCGGGUUGACCAGCGGCAUCCCAGCGGACGAGCCACGCUCAGCACUCUGCACACCGGACACCUCUUCGCCGGGCAGCCGUGCAGCGCUGCCCCGCUUCUCAUCUGCUCUCCUUCGUGCUUCAAAGUCAGUCAAUGCUGUGCUCCCGCUACCAGCUAACAGGCUGAUCUGACUGUGUUGCUGCUGCCACCGCUUCAUGAUCUUGGCUAGCUGAGGAUCAAAACAAGGACAAUCACUCAAAGUUUAAGCGGCGUUUGCGUUUGACCGGCCAGGACCCCGCAGGGAGGAGAGACACGGGCCCCGGGGGAGAGCGACGGACUCUGGGGUUGGACGCCAGGACAGCGAGGGUGGUGGCUGGAUAAAACUAGGGGGUCGCCUCCAGCUCCUGGUGGAUUUAUCCCCUGCCAGCUAACGUUAGCUAAGCUAGCUCCCAAACAGCGCCAUGGAUUGGUUAAUGGGGUGAGUACACACACAGCUAGCAUGCUUAGCCAGCUUACUCUGCUGUGUCAGGUCAACUGCGCAGUCUUCCUCAUUUCUCCGCGCAACACCUGACACCACUGCACUCAGCAUUAGUCAGGUGAACUGUCGUGUUGAGGACUGUUUAGUGUCCACUUUAAUUCAGAGGUGUAGCCAGAAGCGGGUAGCAUGUUACCUAGCUUAGCAUAGCUUUGUGGUGCUAGCUUGGUAGCAGGGCUGGCAUCGGUACACCCUCCUAAUGUUACCCGGAGCCAGGCAGUAUUUUUGGGCAUCUCUCUGGCCCGCAGCUAUCUACCCUACAAUGGCAGCGUCCAGAUUAGGUAGUGUAAAUAUAUCAGUGUAGACCGGUUAGCUGAACGGGGAGCUUAUUUAUAGUAAUGAUUAAAGCAGUAAACGGGCUAAUGUUAGCAGGCUGUCAGUGCUGCUAACGCGGCUGUGCCCGGGGUGAGUUUAUUCCCCCUGCAAGGUGCGCUGGCAGACUUAGCAGCCAUGCUAAUCUAAUGUUAUCUAAUGUGCUAGACAGCAGACUCCGGUGUCCAAAAGUUCCCUUCAGGAGAUUAAAGCUCUGAUACUUGAGCGAAAAGCAACUUUAUAUACAUAUUUGUAUAACUUGGGGUGCACUGUGUAAUAUUUUAUUAGCUGUGACACCUGACAGAUUGAUGGUUAUACUCUACUCUGUCUUUGCUCAGUCAUGAGACAUUAAUGGUUAAUACUUCUGAAUGAGAUGCAUCCGUCUUAGUCUGACACCUGCUCCAAAGCCAGAGUCUAGUGCCAUGAGCACUGUAUUUAGGAUUAACCUGUGACAUCUGUGUAAGUGAUCGAGGAACUCCUAAAGCUGAUCGGCGCAGUCUACUGCUAUAAAGUCAAGAUUUGUUUUCUUUGCAUGCACAGAGUGUUUGUUAUGCAAACUUUAGGACAAUGGAUUGUCUGCACAGAGCAUUAGUCACAUGAGCCUCUAAGUGAAGGAGGAAUAUGUGUUUACAAUUCCUUUCAUAUGCACACACUUUCAUUUGAAGUAUGUGUAUUCUUAAAAUUUCACUUCACAUCACAUUCUUUACACAUCUUAAACUUUGGCUUUGCACGUUAAGGUGUGUCCCUGCGAAGUUUGUAUUUUUGCUGACUGAUUAUCAGGUCUGUACGAAUCUGGGCUGAGGAAGGGUGGAGGCAUGCUGUCAUGGGUGACUCUGCACACACUGACAUAUUGGCUGGGAGAUAAGGACGAAGCCCCUUGCUGAUACCUCCAAAAAACACUGUUUAUUUCCUAUCACCUCUGUUAAGAUGUUUUAUUUAAUGUGUGUGUCUGUCAGUUUGCAGGAUAGUUGAGAAAACACUUAGCAGGCUUCAGUCAUAACUGACUGACUUUAUAGGCCAAGUUAAGAGAGACAGAGCUGAUGAGUUUUGGGUGUGGAAGGCACCACCUCAUUAAAACAUUCUUCACUAUCUCCUGAGGCAUAUUAGCAACAAUAACUUUCCUGGCAUUGCUUGAAAGAAAAUAAAUAUUUUCUUGGUUAUUCCAUAUUGUGAGUUUGAGUGAUACCGAGGAAACUUGUCAUGUGUUUUUGGUGCAGUUUUGCUGCACACCACCCCUUUUCUGUGACACUUGUUUUCCUGGUUUUGCUAACUGGUUCUUGCAAUGACUUGUCUAAAGUUGCGUCAGGUCUCUGUUGUAAAUGUGAUUUAUAGGUCUUAAACUCCUUGUCCUUCACCCCCUUCUCAGUCACUCAAUAAUGAUAAGUUUUGCCCAAACAUUCGCAGCUGUCACACCUGAACUGGUUUUACUUAGUGAUCUUUGAGGAAUCCAAAAACAACACCCAGGUAUGUCUUGGUGUUACAGGAGGUGAGGAAAGCGUUUACCUGCCUGUUUUUUAACUAUCAGAAUUAGAGAAGUGACUUAGUGGUCUUCAUUUAGGGGGGGAAUGGAUGAUCAAUAUAUGUCUUUCUUCCUCGACUCAAAAUGCUUUUGAAAUACAUUUGGCAUUCAACUUUUUACACCAUACAGAUGGCAGAUGCCACUAAUCCCACUCACACACUGCUGGCACAGUCAACUGGGGCAGUUUGGGGUGCGGUGUCUUGCCCAAGGACACUGGCCAGUGGGACCUGGGAUCCAACCUCCAACUAUGAGAGACUGCGAGACAACCAAGUCUACUGCUAAGCAACAUCAAUCCCACAGUCGUUUUGUCUUAAAGGGAUAUUCCGGCGUAAAAUUGGAGAUUUUAUCUUUGCCUGAUUUCUUCAGUAAAGAGACUAAACACAACUCACCCGCUCUCUUCCAGCAGCCGCUUGUUUGUACGGAGACCUCGGGAGGGCGAGUUCAUCGCUGACUGCAGCGGGGUGACGCAGCUCAAGGAAGAACAUUUUAUGAUUUACUGUUGAUGAAGUUAGGUGCUGUUCUGAGCAUUAUUUGUGGCUAUAGAUUGGCUUUUUGGUUGAGCACGUGGCUCCUGAGACCGCUGUGUAUUGCUAUCGUGCGGUCGUUGCUGAAAUUAGUAUAACGAGAGUAGGGCUGAAACGAUUACUCGAGUAACUCGAGUAACUCGAUUAAUAAAAUUCCUCGAGGCAAAUUAUAUGUCUCGAGGAAUCGUUUAAAUCCGGAACCAUGUGCAGCGCACGGUGUUUGACACGGACGGUUAUUUCUGUUGCGCAGCAGCGUGCUCUUUCCGCUCCUUCCGCUGCCGCGCGUUUCAUACACAGACAUAAUAAAAGAUAGACCCGCAUCGGCCGCUACCACGAAUGGGCGCUGUCGAGAAAUGCGGCCGCCAUCUUGGUCCGGUCAUCCGCCUCACUCUGCACCGCUGUUUAACCGGCGGAAUGAAGUCUGAGCGCAUUAAAUGAAUCAUAGUUCGCUCAAUACUACGGGUCUAUCCUUUUAUUAUGUCUAUGGUUUCAUAGACAUAAUAAAAGGGUAGACCCAGCUGGGGGCGCUGCGCAGCGAGAAAUGCGGCCGCCAUCUUGGUCAGGUCAAGCUUCCCAUACGCUCCGGUCAAUCAUAUUCAUUCAUUCAGCGAUGCCGGAGCACUGUGCGGCGUAUUCCUGUGCCAACAGGCGGACAGCAGAGAACAGGGCUCAAGAAAUAACUUUUCACAGUUAUGAUUAAACGUUUUUUAAACAUUGCACUUGACUGUAGAGUCAUUUGUAGGCCAAAGAGGAAGACUAUCGGUCAACUCCAAAAAGGAAACAGCAUUUGCGAACAGCUAGCUUAUUCACAAUAAUAGCAACUUUGGUCGAUUAUCAACAGAUUUGCAUUAGAUUGAAAAACUUUUGUUUGAGAGAGGUUCUAAGAAACGUUAAGAAAUAAAAUAGAAAGAAAAAGGAAGAAAGUGAGCUCUGUUUUAUUAUCUGUUUUAUUAAAGAUUUCUUUGUGGUGAUCUCCUGUUUCAUUUUGAAGAUUUCCUAAGGACAAAAACUUGAGGAAGAAGUGGGAGAUUGCUGUUAGAGGGAGAAAUUCGCAGCAAGUGAUUCCUCUGUGCUGUGUAGCCAACAAGCAAAUUGAUAUGUAGUUUAGAUGCUGUCCUGUCAUGCUGUUCUUGUGUUUAAAUCUUUUUGAUAUGUAGGCUAUAUAUUUGUGUGUAUUUUCCAGUUAUUAAAAUAGUGCUUCUAUAUGACAUUAUUUGUGUGUGUCUACAAAUGGAUAAAUAAAAUUAAACUAUAUAAAAAUUUAUAAUCAAAUCAAUAUAUAUUGAAUUGGCCUAUUAAUACCGCCAGUUAUUAAUAAUUAUUGAGACAUAGCAGGAACCUAGUUCUAAACCUAAAUAUAUCCUUGAUUAAUUGUUAUACUAUAAUACAGCCACUGCUGCCAUGUUCUAAAAUAUCAUUUUAUUCAUUCUGAGUGUUUGAAAACGCCAAAAAAAAAAUAUGGCCUCUAUCAUGCCUCUUUGAAUGGCGUUUGCAGAGAAGAAAAUUACGUAGUAUUGAGCGAACUAUGAUUCAUUAAUGCGCUCAGACUUCAUUCCGCCGGUUAAACAGCGGUGCAGAGUGAGGCGGAUGACCGGACCAAGAUGGCGGCCGCAUUUCUCGACAGCGCCCAUUCGUGGUAGCGGCCGAUGCGGGGUCUAUCUUUUAUUAUGUCUAUGGCGCGUUUGGUUCAAUCAUGGAGGGAAACGAGGACAGACAGAGAGAGGAAGAAAGAGAUGACACGCAGAGGAAACGGCAGAAAGUGUCUAAAGUGUGGGACCAUUACACACUGAAAAGGAAAGAAAACGCCGUGCAGUGCGUUCACUGUAAGGCGGAGUUGGCGUUUCACAACAGCAUGUCGUCAAUGCUGCAGCACCUUAAAAGAAAACACCCGGUCCAUGCAUUAAGUCCGCUCUGAGGCAAACGUGAUUCAAUGCAAAGUAUUACAGUGAGAGCAAAACAUUUCUUAUCCGAUUACUCGAUUAAUCGACAGAUUAAUCGAUAGAGUACUCGAUUACUAAAAUAAUCGAUAGCUGCAGCCCUAAACUAGAGAAGCAAGCAGUCGGCAACAUUCAUCUCUCGAGGGGGUGUCUAACUCGGUGUUACCGUGUGUUUGACCCUGACUUAAUUUUACGUCGGAAUAUCCCUGUAAUCUAAAUGCACACGAGAAAAAUGAAUCAUACUUUUUUAUGAACUGAAGUUAAAGCAAGAUAUCCAUCGUUUAUUACUACAGUUGUCUGUUUUUCUGUAUAUCAUGACUUUGUGUUGUUUAUCUGCAGGAUAAAGCAGCACAUUGUGGACUGUUCAUUUGUGCAGGCGUGUAUGUGAGCUGAAUGUGUUGGAAGUGAGCAGGCAGUGUGUAUCACUGAUGGAGCGGAGUCCAUGAAUGAGUUAACCAAGCAUGUCAUCACUCUGAAUACAGACCUCAGUUGAAGGACGCCGCGGCCAGAGAGCGAUUGAGGAGAAAAGAGAGAGAGAGAGAGAGGAAGAAGAUGAAGUGAGGAGGAGUAGUGAUGAAGGCAGCUGAUUUGGAGGAAAAUGUGCAGAUGACGAGAGGGAGUAGUGAUGAAUGAAAGAGGCGAGGAGGAGGCUGAUCUAAGGGGGGGAGUGAGGUAUAGGAGACGGCAUUUUUUGUGACCGGCAAACAGGAUGAGAAGGAUGGAGGGAGGGGAUGUGAAGGCUCUUGAUGGUGUGGUUGAUUGGGGAGAAAAAUGGGAGAAUUGGUGGGAGGUGGAGAUUCUCAUGGGAAGGUUGAAGCUCCACAGGAGAUCCAGUGGAGGUCUGUAAGAACAUAGCAGUCUACAGGGGUACAUGCUGUAGAUAGAGUGAAGGUGAUGUAAUGGAAAGGGUCUCAGUCUGACACCUUUUAUUUUCACGGCGAAACACGUCUUUAUGUGUUUAAAGCUGGCUUGAUAUGGAAACUAUAUUCAUUCUGUCUGCAUGCUGUAAGUUUAUUUUGGGCAGGGAGCAUUAUUUCACAGGCUGAAUGACCUCAUCUGUUCAGAGUCCGAGUCAGACAGGACGUUAAAUCAGUGGGAAGAUGUGCGACGCCCAAAUGUGUCUCUUCCUGUUGGGUGAAAUGAGCAGGCUUUGACAGAUGUUUAAUCCCCCUGCUUUUGAGUGAUGGAUUGGUAAUGCUGAAUGAAGAGAGCGAGAGAGGAUGGAAACUACAGAGCGCUAAGUGGGGCGCCGCUUAAGGCAGCCUGACCUGGGAGAGAGACUCAGAUUUAAUGUACACUUAGCUCGCAUCGCAUCACCUGUGGCAUAAUGGUAUACAGAGAGAGAGAGCAUCAUUAUCCUACAACAUUAGAUUAGUGCAGGUAAUGGUAUAGAGCAGUGGUUCUCAAGUCCAGUCCUUGACGCCCACUGUCCUGCAUGUUUUGGGUGUUUCCCUGCUCCAACACACCUGAUUUAAAUGAUUAGCUCGUUAUUAAGCCAUUACAGAGCUUGAUAACGAGCUGAUCAUUUGAAUCAGGUGUGUUGGAGCAGGGAAGCAUCCAAAACAUGCAGGACAGCGAGCCUCGAGGACUGGACUUGAGAACCGCUGGUAUAGAGGAUUACAGAACUGAUGAUGGACCUGCUUGUUUUGCUCUCUCAUUUUGUAAAAGACUCAUUUGAGAUCUGGUAGUUUUUUUGCUCUUGUAUUAAUCAAGACGACUGUUUAGAACACGUUUUCUGUAAUGAGCAGGACCCUGGUGGCCAAAAUCAAUACUUUAUCAAGUGCAUUUUGUUUAAGGUGUUUCUCUUCUUCGGAAAUUGUUACAAAUAUCCUCAAACUACGUCUUUAAUGUCUGUUGAUGUGUGCAUGUGUCUUUUACUUUGACACCUCUUGCUCAUCUACGUGUCAGUUACAAAGUCAGAAAGGAGCGUGAAGAUGGCGUCAGCUGAUUGGUGUGGUUGCUGAUGCAGACGGGAGAUUUUAAGCCAACCACUUAUAGAUUGAACUUCCUCUACAGAGUCUGCUCUGUGUCAUCACUGCGACCUCCAGAGUAGAAGUGUCCUCUGCCGCUGUCACACGAUCACUGUCAACAGGUGUUUGAUAGCUCAUUUUUUAUGAGCAUGAACGUUGUUUUUCAUCUGAGCGGGGCUUCAUUCUCCAUAUUAAGCUCUCAUAUCAAGAUUAGAGCACAGCAUGGCCGACAGAGACCAUAGUCAGUUUCACAUCACAUGAUCCAGAGGUCAUUUUUAGUUACUGAGUGUGCUCAUAUAUUAUUAGAAAAGUGAAGUGGUAAACAUCUGAUACUUAGGGCUCUUGCAGCGACAGUUUUGAUUGUUUUUACUAAUGCAACAUAAAUAGGAUUCAAAUUGAAGUUAUAUAAGAUCAAAUUGUUUAAGGUGCACAGCUUUUUGAGGUUUCCUCCAUAACAACAGUUUUGUAGUUUUGAUUACACAGUGAAAUCUCAGGCAAAAGUUAAUUGUUUGCUCAAAGAUGGAACAUUUUAAGUGUCAAAAAGCCUAGAAUAUUAAUUUAUAGUAUCUGUUAUCUCCUGGGUAUGUAUGUGGAGGUUGUCAUAACAUUUCAAAUGUGAUUUUAUAGCUGUUAGAAAAAACGCUUGGCUGCUCAAUGUCUGACAGGAAGUGAAGUGUCUGUACUCGAGCUGGUUUCUAAUGAGCUGAUUCAAUGAGAAGAUUUCUUGUCUGUCUAGGGAAAUAAGAAAUAAAUCAAAGUCAAUCUGAGUAAUCUUUUGAUGUGCACAUCAGUUAUGUGUGUUACCGAGCUAAAGCAUGAGGAGCCAUGGCAGUAUUUAAUGUAGUUUGAUAGUGAAUAUAGUUUCCCCAAUAGGGACUUACACAAAUUGCAGCCCUGUCCUCAUGUAACCGUCUGUCUGAUUUCCAUUUCUCUAGCACUUGCUCACACACUCACACACAUUGGCACAUGACCACAUGCUGCACACAGCCAGGUGGUUGCUUCCGCUGCUUGUGGUGCAGAUGUAGUUCUGAUAACAGACUGUGACAGACAAGCAGACAUCACCUCAAAAGAUUUGCCUUCGCUGGAAUAAAAACUAACCAACGCCAUCACUGUGCGGUUGCUUGUUACAGCAUGGGGUCUAACUGAGCUGUCUUUAUUUCUAGUUUAAUCAUCUGCAGUGUUUCUCUGGUACACUCUUGGCUUAACCGGAAGGCAGUGCAGCAGUCAGCUCAGCAGAAGGUUUCCGUGUCGGCCUGAAAAAGAGCGCCUAACCAGCUUAUUACUGCUCCAGUGGAGGGAGCUUCUGCUGGCUUUCUGUAUAUGUCUGAGCGCACUCUUAAAAUCCGGCUCUGGUAACAUUCAGUUUAUCAUCUGGCACAGACGUUACUCUAUGAUUAACACUAGAGGCAGCCCAGGCCAAGGUGUUUAAGAGCACAUAAGCCAGCCAAAACCUUUAAUAACAGUCACACUGUGUCGUUUUCCAGAUUCACCUCAUGUAUUGAUGGGCAGCUAGCCCAGAAUCUUUAUGGUUCACAUCAGUCAUUUAGAAAAAGUGGCUGAUCCUGACUGAUUAAGAGAGGCAGAGACAGUUUAAAGUUUCCACUCAUUUGGUCAGUCAAGAACUUGUGUGUCAGGAUAAAAGUUCAUUUUUUUUCCUUGUUUUUAAGAAUUAUGCUUCCUCCCUGUCCAGCUGAGUCUGAGCUUUUGCUUUAUCUUCAGUAGAUCCUAACCCUAACUCCAACCCUGUCUUUGUCACAGCCAGCAAAAUAUCAGCCCCUCCAAAGCAACCCACCUGUGUCAUCUGAUAUAUGAUUUACAUACAAACGAAAGAUAAAUGAAAAAAUGACAAAAACACUUAGAAUAUAAGGAAAAGGUUUAAACUAGGGCCUGACGAUAUGGAUUUUUUGGGGCCGAUACCGAUUAUUAGGGGGGAAAAAAAUCUGAUUACCUAUUAAUUGGCUGAUUUUUAACAUUUUUUAUGAAGUUAUAAAAGAUAGACAUAUACUGUAGAUAUCUACAGUAUACUGUAGGCUACUGCUCUUCAUGCCGACAGGAAGACCAACUGAUCAUCUCAGUAAUAUUCCACGUAGUUAUCAUAAAUCGAACUUGGACCAGAAAAGCGUUUUCAAGUACCAGUGGAACAUUUUCGAAGUGAAAACCAAGUCUUAUUCUCCGCAUUUAAUUACAGAAAAUAUCGGCAAAAAUCGGCAAGUUUUGGCCGAUUACCGAUUAGUCUCAAACGGGCUAAAAUUGUCCGAUUCAUUUAGCUCGCCAAUAAAUUGGUCGGGCCCUAGUUUAAACUGUGUUCCUGUGUGCAGACUUGAAUGUGUUAAGCAAUGUGUGAUUUCUAAGCACGUGUAGCCCUGUCUGUUGUUGCCCCAUUGUUUGCUCCCUGUACAGUGGUUACAGAUAGUUAUGAGAUAUGUGUAGACUGCCCAUGGCUAACUUGCCAAGACUUGCAUCCUUUCUGGUGAUCACUUUUACUAAAUUGAAGAGUCUAAAUUCAAGAUCAUAGUUAUUUAUUGGAUUCUCUGAAAAUCAGAAAAUUGAUUGGUUUCAUUUUAAUACCAUUUCUAAUGUGAAGAAAACCUCCAAGAAGUGGUGUCGCUUGCUUCUUCAGAGCGCCAUCCUCUUGAUUUUGGAGCAGCAGUACCUUACUGCCACAGACCAGGCGCUGCUCUGUGGUGAUGGGCUGCUGUGCUGAGGGAUUAGCUGGAUGACAAGAAGACUAGUUGGUUUGUUUACUCCCCAGCAAGGGCAAUUUAGCCACUUUCAACACUUCAGCUCAUUCCCUGGCUCAGUUUCUUUCCUUCCCUGUCUCCUUCUUCUCCUCCCCUCCUCUCCCUCUCUUUCUCUCUCUUUCCCCUCUUGGGAUGCUGAUAUGUAGCGACGUUUGCGUGCUUGACUGCUGCCUGAGCUGGACUGUUCAGCCGCACAGAGCCAGGCAGCGUCAAACCGGCUCAGGGCAAUGUUAUCCCUCUUUGAGAAAUGUUUAACAAGACAAACUCGCCGGGGUUUUUUGGCUAUGUUUGAAGCUGGAAGCCUGUUUGUGCAGAGUAAUAUUGUGCUAGCUCCAACAUGCUGUUUUUAUGUGCUGACCUCAUGUGUCUUUGGGUGAGGGACAGAGGAAGUAAGAGUGGAAAGCAAAGCAGAGCUGCAGGAGCAAAGUCCAAACAAACAAAUCCUCAUCUCCCCCCAUUUUUUCCUUUUUUUUUUCUUUUGUUUUGUUUUUGCUCGUCUAGGCUGUGACUUUAUUUUGGGGGGCAACAGUAGCAGAUUCCUCCCCUUCCCCAGCAGCAUAUCAGAGUGGAAAACGAGGAGAGGGGUCAUUGACUCGCCGUAAAAGCUCAGCUGUCAUAGUUCAGAAGUGCUGAUGACUUCGGGUUUCACAGGAAGGUGACACCUCAAGGAAGAAGUCAGUCUGGUUAUAACUAUGUAACUACCAGCACACUAGGAAGAGUUAUCACCAGCUAAUAAAGAUUGAAAGGAUAAAAUCGACAGUUUGACGCUGGUUUUGGAAAAAUUCUAGAGAAGUCUUUCAUGUGAGCUUUCCCCAUGUUUGAAAUGAUGACUGUGUGAUCAUGCAGUGCUUUAAGUCAUCAUUGUGCAUCAUGCAGGGAGGUAUAAAGACUCUAUUGAAUGCCUCCUGAGCAGGCAAAUACCCCAGAGUAAAAGAACACACACUUCCAUACACACACACACUUCUAAGUGAAUACCGCUGCACUCUCUGGUUUCUCUCCUGAGACGCCUCUCUCCUUGCCUAUCUUCGCUUCCUUUUACUCCGAGGCAGGAACAGAGCGGCCCAGAAAUAAACGUGAUACCAAGAUGACUCGGCAGUUUGCCUUUCACUAAAUAUGCAUAAGUGGAUAAUUGGAGAAUCCAAAUGCUCGUCCGGCUGUGUUAAGCACUUUCAGCGAGCACUCGAGAUGGAAACUUCUGUUAGGUGUGGUGUUUUUAACUUUUUUUUUUCCCAGUGUAGAUGAGGUUUCAGGAUCCUGAGGAGUGGACACGCUGUGUGAGUUUAGCGCAACCUGAUACUGUGAUGGAUCAGGAGGCUGCAAAAUGCAACCUAGCUCAGUAUGUAAGCAUGCUGUGCUUAUAAUCCACGCUUAAAUGAUUCCUGUCCGGUUCAGAAGCAUAAAUGUGUUGGCUUUAGAUGGUCAGCUGUAGUUAGUUGCAGUUAGUCAACCAUUACCAAGAAGCUGCAUAUGCAUGUGUGGCCAUAUAAGCUAAAUGCAGAGUAGGGCUCCUUUUCUUCAAAAUAUAUGCCCUAAUAUAUCAACUACUACAGAUGUUGAGAUGUCAUGAGUCCAAUACUUACUUUUUUUUAAACUGAUAUCGGAAAUCGAUACAGCAUAGUAUUGCGAUAUUUUGUGUGGUGAUAUAUCGUAUCGUCUCAUUUACCAAGUAUCGAUUUUUUUCAAGUCUAUGAUAAUGGAAAAAUAAAAUCAAUUGUUUGUCCAGUGAGGUUGGCAGAGAUGACAUCAUAGAGCAGGAGAAAGUUAGUGCAAAAAAUAUAUAAAAGGUUUGCAAGAUGUGCUACAUAAAAAUGAAAUACAGCGUAAAUAAGACGGACAUAAAGGAAAGACAAAUGCUAAAUUAGCUAAACAGUUGAAAAAAUUGUGUAAAUCGCAAUAUACGGUAUUGCAAUACUCACUGUAUUGCAAAAUGUUUGAAAUCGUACAAUAUCCUAUUGUAGCCCAAGUAUCGUGAUAAUAUCGUAUCGUGGCCCAAGUAUCGUGAUAAUAUCGUAUCAUGGCCCAAGUAUCGUGAUAAUAUUGUAUCAUGGCCCCAGUAUGGUGAUAAUAUCGUAUCGCGGCCCAAGUAUCGUGAUUAUAUUGUAUCGCGGCCCAAGUAUCGUGAUAAUAUCUUAUCAUGGCCCCAGUAUCGUGAUAAUAUCGUAUCAUGGCCCAAGUAUCGUGAUAAUAUCGUAUCGUGGGGCUGCGAGUGAUUCUCACCUCUACUAACUAGGUUUUGCACUACUCUUACUUAAACUCUUACAUCAGUGAAGCUCACUGGGGUUUUCUGCUGCUUUUUUUUGUUUGUUGUGUUUUUUACAGUCAAUUAUAAGAAUUAGAAAUAAACUGUGGAGUUUACACGUGUUUUUGCUGUUAUUUAUUGAUAAAGACUCAUAUGUAAAGCUUCCUGCAAAGUAUCACGCAGGGGCAGAUUAUCCAGGGCAGAUCAACGUUUUUAAUCUCACACCCAUGCUGAGGUUUUUCCAUGUAAAUGACCGACUGAAACCAAAGAAUACAACAGGGCAAUGAUAAUAACACAACCACCUACUCCAGAGUGGCAACUGUCUCAUAUGAACGAGUUCUCUGCAGGUUCAAAGUGUUCCUGUAGAUCCACGCCUGAUUUCCAAUGAGUGGGUCAAAGUUUUGUUUAUUAAUCCUCCAGUGGGUCAGCGCUUUAGUGUGUAAGCGGCCGUGAUAACAGCAUAUAAUGUGCAGCUUGUCUUUGUAAAUCUGCAUUUGGGAAAUGAUCGGUUGUAUUGGAGAGGUCUGGCUGGUUACUGGUCUCUCCCACACAGACUGAAAAUCAGCCGAUUCUGGUCACUACUGGUCACAUUUAGAUGAGAUUCAAAAAGUGUGAGUGUACUGAUUACAAAUGAAACCCAGCUCAAUCUUGGGGCGUUGUUGUAGGUGUGUUGCUUUGUUACCUCAUCGUCUCUGUAGAUGUUCUGCUCACUCAGGCUGCACAGUUGUGUUGCCCCUGGUAUGGCCCUAGGUUGUUCAUUUGCAGUUGCAUUUGUGUGUGUUGCUUCUGUUUCACUUGGCAGUGUAGUGGCACCAUGCUGUGACUGUGUUUACUCUUUCGGAUCACUGUGGGCAGCUCUGCCCGGCACACACAACUGGCACAGCCAUCAGAUGGAGACGACUGACAGAGGGAGAGCGAGGCUGAUUAGUCAGGCUUAUUCCUGCACUCUAUCUCUGUUUUCUUGUACUUUAUCAAAAGAGUGUGUUUCCUCUCACAACACGUUGUUUAAUUUCAAGCCAACAUUGCCAGCAGAUCCUGGACUACACUGGCUCCUGUAGUAGCAGGACUGGCUGCUGCAGCGCUGAGAACAAGCUCCUGUUCUGUCAGAGAGUAUCAUAGUCAUGGAGCGCUGCCAGCCAGAGCUGUCUUAAGAUCAGCUAAAAUAAGUUGAACCCCCUGCAGCAAGAUUUGGAGCUGGUGUUAUCUUCCACACAGCCACAAGGGACACCCCCUGGACUGGCUCGCUGAGUUGAGUUCAGGAUUGGUUGUUGCAGUUCUUCUGAUUUGGACCUGGCAACCUUAUGUUCAAUACACUUUGUCUUUGGGUGGAAGAUCUGUCACAUUAGGUUUCUCUUUAUAAUUUCCUUUCUUUUUAUUCAAUACCAAUAAGGGGUGGUAGAAAAAAUUGAUACAGCAUAGUAUUGUGAUAUUUUGCCUGGUGAUAUAUUGUUUCGUCUCAUUUACCAACUAAUGAUCUUUUUCAAAUUUAUUGUUAAUAUGAAGUCAAAUCUAUGAUAAUGGAAAAAUAAAAUCUACUGUUUGUCCAGUGAGGUUGGCAGAGGUGACAUCAUAGAGCAGGAGAAAGUUAGUACAACAAAUAUAGCAAUACCUGGGGAAAGACAUCAGGAAUGCAAGCAGGGCACCAAUGAGAUGGACCUGACACAUAAAGUUUAGCAUAAAGAUGUGCUACAUGAAAAUAAAAUACAGUGUCAAUAGGACUACAUAAAGAAAAGACAAAUGCUCGUAUCGAGGCCUAAGUAUCGUGAUAAAAUUGUAUCGAGGCCCAAGUAUCAUGAUAUCGUAUUGAGGCCCAAAUAUCGCGAUAAUAUCAUAUUGAGGCCCAAGUAUCAUGAUGAUAUGGUAUCAUGGGGCCACUGGUGAUUCCCACCUCUAAUACAUAUCAAAAAUACUGGGUAAGAUCCUUAACCUUCUUGUCAUGAAGUGUUAUCUGCACCACGAUCUGAUCCCAGCAGGUCACAGUUUGAUUUAAAUGAGAGUGAAGAUGUGAAAUGUUAAAAACAUGGGCUUGAGUGUUGUGAAAAACAGGUAGACAAAAAGAGAAUACAGAGCAAGAGAUGGAAGCUGACAAGGAUGCAGAGUGAGAGAGAGCAGGUGUAGAGCCAGGGUGAGAGGGAGACGAUAGAGAGACCAGAGGUGAGAUAUGGAGAUAGAUGGGGAAAGUGGCUCCAUGGGUCAGAGAGCUAGAUUAGAAACAGCAGAGGUCUGCAGCAGAGGAGAGUUAGGGAGAUUGAACAGCAGGGACACUGAGAGAGAAAUGGAGUUUGGAGAUGUGUGCAGGUCGGGGACUGAGGAAGAAAAUGAGUAAAGAAGGAUGAAGAGUAAAAAUGUCUCAGAUCUUCGGUUUCACUCAUCCCAGGACCUUAAACCCAAGACUUGUUUCCCCAGCCUUAACUCAACAAGUGAGAUAAAAGACCUCAUUUGUCUUGAAGGAGAAGGCCUUUAAUUCUGUAUGCUUUUUUUUAUUGAUGUUUCACCAAGAUGUGGUCAGCAGCACCCUGGGGCGAUGCUUCAGCUGAGCGCUGAGCUGCUAAAUCUGUGCAGAACCGGUGGGCUGCUAGCGUUGGUGUAAACUUGCUAGGUUUGUCCUUGGUGGCUGAGGCUAGGCUGCUGGGCUGGUCUGCUUUGUAAUUGGAUUAGAGAUCUCUGCGUUGCAUCAGGCGAGGCAAGACGGGUUCACACACACAUGCACAAAAUCACACACACUUUAAAUGCACACACGCCUCAAGGAGCCAAGAUCAUCUCUGUGCUAAAGGUUCUACUCCUCCUCUUUCUUCAUCUUCAACUUUCUAUCUUACUAUCCCGCUAUUCUCUUCAUCCCCUUUUAAACACCACCCCCUUUUCCCCUGGCUGUCUGUAAAUGCGUGAGAGUGUUAAAUCAUGCAUUUUGUGUAAAAUGGUGUAAAUGUUUGUGUGCAUGUUUACGGAUCAGGCCUGUCAUGGAUACCCGCUCUAAAUGGGAUUACAGGAGAUGCAGUAGAGCUCACGCUGAGAACACCUAGGAGAAAAAGAGACAGGAAUAAACAACACCAGUGGAAGAUAAUGUGCUCUGAUAAAUUUCAGCAGAUAAAUGUCUCACUGUACUUGGAGGAGGAGGGGGAUGAGUUGCUCAAGGCCUGAAAAAAAACUUCCUGUUUAGCAGCUCUGGACAGGAAGUAGACAGUGAUGUCAUGGUUGAUGUGCCUCAUCCUGAAAGCCUUGUUUUGCUCGUCUUUAACCUGUAAAUGUGCAGAAACCUUAACUGAUAAGAGUUUUCAUUGACUUCCCUCAAAAGAUCCAUUCAGCCACCACUGAUAGUAGAUAAAGGUUUUUUUUUUUUGCAUUAUUUCUUCAUCAUUCUGAUUUUAUUAAUGGCGCAGUGAGACUUGAUAUACUUAAAUAGUUCCUAGACUGUCCUUCAAAGUCUGUACUCAAGUGCCUCAUGUCUUAAAAACUGCAUAUUCCAGAUCUUUCUUAGAGACUAUAUAAUACUCCCACACUGCACGCACAGUUUCAUUCAUGUUUCAUCUUUAAAACUAUUUAAUUUGUCUAUCGGUGGACUUCACAUGCAAUGUUGAUAAAGAUAAAAUGUAACGGCUGAGGAAACUGAGACAAACCUUGGCUGGCCUACCAAAAUUUGUCCAACUAAUUGAGUGUUUUUCUUUGUAUGUCAGUCCAAUAUGUCUUAAGUGACCUCUUUCCCUCCCUCUAGACUCCUCAUGCCUUGUAAACAGAGUUACCACACCGGCUCUGCAGGUAACUGACAGAAAAGGACAUAAACAAUAUUACAACAAUAUCAGAUCUUAAGCCGUUCUCUCUCUGUCCCAAAGACGUCUAGACUUCUGCACAUCUUUUCUCCUGUCGCUGUGAUUCUCUUACUUUACAAUCCAGCUGAAGUGUUUUUAAAAUAAAAGGACCAUUGUUAUUAUCACUGAGUGUGUUACUACAUCUAUCAGUGUCCUCUUGUGUGUUUGAAGGAGACGGGCACAGAUCUCCUCAAAUUACAUACUUAAUAGAACAUAAUUAGAUUUAGCUCAAUUUAAUUUAACACAAUUAUGGUUAUAUUAUACAGUAGAUCUCUCUUUGGGUUAAUAAGGACUCCUGAAUGGCAGGAUAAUGUAUAAUUUCACACUGUUCUGUGUGACUGUACCUCCGUUUUCAUGUUUUUGAAACACAAAGUUAAUGUUUUCAUCAAACACCUCAGUGUAACUUUGCAACCUUCCCAGAUUCAAAUACAAAUGAGGUGAUCAUAAUUUUGAAUCCUGCAUAUGUAGAAAGGUCAAUUCACAGGUUGUAAGUAUUGCCUGUAAACAUGACACUCUAAUCACACUCCACUGUCAAUAAGGAAGGUGUAGUUUCAGUAAAAAAGGGUAACUCCAGGAAACAAAGUGGAAAAGGCAGAAAAACCGGCAUUAUUUCACCAGCUGGCCUCCAGAUUAAAGAACAGGGUUUUGAACGGUGUCAGGUGUUACUGAUGACUGAAACACAUGAUCAGGGUGUGGGGAGAAGGUGUGUUCAGGUUUGUUGGACAGGUUCAAACAAGAGGCUAGCAGGGCUUAAAAAAGUAUGAAGAAACUCAGUGACAAAGGUUCAGCGACUCACAAGAUAAACUGAAGAAGAAUUUGUCUCUGUAACAGUAGUCACAUCCUUCAGUCAUCUUUCUGUGUGUGUGUGGGGGGGUGUGUGUGUGUGCUGCAUAUGCAUGUGUUAACUAUUCAAUACCACAUGUGGAUGUGGUUUAGGCGAGAACUAACAGCAGCAAUAAGAUUAGAGGCAGACAGCGUUAGAACAGGCUUAAUAUCUGACAGGUCGGCACGAGCAGCCAUAUGUUUCAUAUGUGUGAGCUGACAUGCCUGCUCCUCUAAAGCUCUGAUCUGCGCAUAUGGCCUGUUCAUCCUCUCCACUUCCUGCCACCAUGACAGCCAAGAGAUGGAGAGAGCACGGCAUGAAGGCACAGAUAAGCGGUGGGUAGGGUGUACCCGUGAACGUCACAAAAAAAGUUCUGACCUUGUUUUAAGGUAAUCUAAGUUUAAUUGAUCAAAUCUAAAUUAGCCUAACAGUGAAGAAAAUAACAGCAGAAGUUUAGUCUUGCAAACAAGUAUUGCUGUCUGUGCUUGCACAAUGCAUUUUCUUCAAAUUUGCAGACCAAUCACAGGCUGAACUCCAAUUAUUCAUAAGUUUAUGAAGUGACACAAACCAGCUCCAUGAGAUACUUCACCUCCAAAAAAGGAUAAGGAGGGAAAGGAGGGAGAUGUUUUGGAGCUGAGUUUGACUUGGAAUUAAGGCAAAAGGGUAACAGAGAGGGAGCUGACAUUUUAGGAUGUCAAGGCUGAACACGGAACACAAAAACACAAGACACACAACAAAAGGUUUGACCCGUAUAAGGCCUCUGAUAUCCCCAGGAGGAAGUGUGUGCAUGUAAACAUGGAUAAGUUUGCCUCACUGAAGGAUAACAGAGGGCCGUGCUAGGGAACAUACUUGUCCAUGCUGUCCAACUCCAGCACACACUCAUACAGUGCAGUGUUUCCCCUAUAGAGUAUUUGGCAGAAGCCAGCUGUGCUGAUGGCUUGCUGUGAACACAGGGUAUUAUGGGUAGUGUAAAAGAUUAUGAAGUUGCUGAUGCUUGCUCAUCGAACAUCCUAUAUUGAGUGCACAUUAAAACACAGGAUCCAGGAUUCAGUUUGACGGUUUAUUUGCUCGUCUUCAGUGGAUGAUUUUUUCUGUACAAUCAAAAGGAAUAUAAACAAGAUGUAUCAACAUAAAAUAUUACAAAAAGGGGGGACUGAUAAAGUCAAAUGAAUUGUAAAUUGGUUAACUAAUCUUACAUCAUAGAUGCAUCCACUUCGGGGUUUUAAAUCAAUACAUAUGCGUUUCAGGGUGACAGGAAUCUAAAGAAAUAAUAUUUGAGAAUAAACCAUAUUAGAAAUAAUACAAAUAAGGAGAAUACAACAACAUUUGUUAAGGCUUUGUCCGUUUCACACUCACAGUCAGAUUCCCUUUGUUCAGUGCUGCUCUUGUUCAGGCUGCAAAAGGGAGAGCAGGCCUGAGGACUGGCUUUUAUGGUGUUGGGGGUGUGGUUUGGCCUUGAGUGACAGGGGAGUCAGGUAUGGAGAUGGUGAGGUGAGAAUUUGGGAUUUAACAGCCGCCCCUUCAAAUAGUAUAUUUGAAUCAAUAAAUCACAAAUCAAUUCUGGGUGUCGGCUUUAAAAGGUGAAAGGAUAACUAGUCGGGCAACAGGGCGGAUGAACUUUCGUUGGUUAGAUGUCACUUCCACAGUCCUAAUCCUUCCGUCAUCACUGGGGAAGAGACGAGACACCUUCCCAACAUGCCACUGUCCCCUUGGUACUUGGGGAUCCAUUAACAGUACCACUGUUCCCUCUGUCAGGCCUGGUGUGUCUUUCUGCCAUUUAUUUCGAACCUGCAAGCUUGGAAGGUAAUUUCUGAUGAAGCAUGACCAGAAUCGAUCGGUUAGGAUCUGACUAUGCCUCCAUUUUCUCUUUCCAAGUAAGUUGGAUUCAGCAUAGACAGCCUGUGGAAGAGAAGCAUCUCGCCGCCCCAUUAGGAGAAGAUUUGGCGUGAUGGGGUCAGGAUCUGCUAUGUCAGAUGAGGCAUAUCCGAUCGGUUUGGAGUUGAUUAUACCUUCAAUUUCCACAUGCACUGUGUGCAGUACUUCCUCUGGAACGGUUUGGCUUCCAACAAUCUCUCUCAGAGCAGUUGAAGACAACAUGAUGAUUGCCAUUAUGCUCCACAAGGUGGUGAGGGGUAUACCAUGAUUCUUCUGUCUGAGAGACUUGUUCAGGUUUGAGUUUUUCGCAUAACUAGGUUGUUUUAGUUUACUGAUUUCAUUGUUGUAUAUGUCUGCCAAUUCCGGAUUGUUUUGGAGUUUGCGUUCAGAUCGACGGAGAAGGGGCGUAACAGAUUCUGCUGGGGCUUUUAGUUCAGGUGCAUCCUUUUUUCUUUGUGAAGGGGUUGCAUAGCGUUUGGUGCCAUCUGUUUCAACUCUCACAGUUUUCAUAUCCAGGAGGUCUAUGGCGUCUCUAUCUUGUUUUGACCUUGUGAUUAAUUUUUCAUUUCUGAAGGGAAGGAUAUCAGCUUGCCACAGUUGCUCUACAUGGUGUUGAAGUUCUGAGUAGGGGUUAACCGGUGAUGUUAAAAAGCACUGGGUAGCGGAUGAUGACUCACCAAGGAAGGUUGGUCCUUGAAGGGCCCAUCCCAGGCGUGUUCUUACUGCUGCUGGAGCUCCCUUUGGUCCAUAUUGAACUCUCUCUAUAGGUGUAAUCAGGAAAGGAUUGUCAGAUCCGAUGAGGAUGUGUGGCUGGACUUUGGAGAAGGAGCUUAGUGGGAGACCUUGCAAAUAGGGAUAGCGUUGCUUGAGUUUAUCUACAGGGUAACUUUGCUCGACAAGCAUUAUCAUGUCGGAGGUGAAGGCUCUGUCAAUUGAGAAUUUUUUCUCAGGGCUUGAUGCAGCAGAGAUUUUAAGGUUAACAGUUUUCCCAUUCAGGGUUUCUGUUUGCUGCCUUACUGUUCGCAGCUCGAGGUUUUCUGGUUCACCAUCCAGCCCAAGGUACUCUGCAGCACCUGGUAGUAGCAUUGUACGCUCAGAUCCAUCAUCUAAGAUGGCAUGUGUCUCAAAGACUCUAUUGUUAUGGUGAAGACUUACUUUUACUACUUUUAGCAGCACUUUGGAUGUUAGGCUUCGUGGGUUCAGAUACAACACUCUGGAUGCUGUCUGGGUUUUAUUUACAUUGUGUAGCACACCUAGGUGAAGGCCAUUACAUUUGGGACAGGGUUUUUUUAGAGUGCAAUUAGCUGUUUUAUGGGUUCUUCCACAUUUCCAACAUCUAUUUUCUUCCUUUAGCCACCUUGACACUUUCUCGGGUCCUAGUUCUUUCAAACUUUCACAGUUUGUUAGGUAGUGGGAGGUAGAUUGACAAAAUGCACAUGGGUACCUUCUUUCAGGCUGUUGUUGGUAACCAGAAGCACUUGGGUGGUGAGUGAACCUCCGGUCGGAUCCAUGGAGGAUGGUGGUAGGAUGCUUGGGUCUGUAGCUUGACUCCUUUCUAUAAGUUUGAGGUGUGCUGAUUUGAAGACUGCUGGCUUGUGCUACCACAGCUUGACAUUCUGCCUCUCCCUCAAGCCAUACUGAAAAAUCCACUAGAUUGUAAUGAGAGGUCAGGGAAACUGAGCGGGCGUGUCUUGCAAAGUUUGAGACUAGCUCUACUGGAAGUUUAUUUAAUAAUCUCUGGACAUGGGAGGCACAUGCUAAUUCUGCUGCACUUUCUGCUGAAUUGAGUGAUUGCAACAGCCCUACUAAUGACCUAACUUUGACUGCAAAGUUUUGGAAUCCUUCGGCAUCUCCACGGGCCACUUUGGGUAGGUUGAGAAUGGUCUGGAUCUCCUUUAAAGCCAGUUGAUGUGGUUGACCAUACUGUCGUUCCAGUGCUGCCAUUGCUGCUGUAAAGGGCUGUGGGUGGUGAGCAUAAGACAGGGCAAUAUGUCUAGCUGAAGGGAGGUGAAGAUGAUCCAAAAGGAUAUGGAACUUAAAUAAUUCAGGUUCUUCUACUGGAAGAAGGUUUUUCAAGGCCAUCUUUAACAUUAGGAAUUCCUGGGGGUCAUUUUGGGUGAAAUAAGGGAAGGAUGGACCUUCAACACGUGAAGUGUAUCGGAUUUGGUGUGCAGAGUCCAUAGGUACGGAGUAGCUUGCGUUGAGGGGGGCUCCUAGAGCUUGUGGGGCACCAGUGAUUGGGGCUGGCUGAGGUGCAAGAUAUUGGGUAUGAAGCUGCUGCACAGGUUGAGGGAAAUGUUGAUACUGAUAUGGAGCUGCAGAACUUGGAUGGUGAGCAGAUGGCUGAGGAUAGGUUGAGACUUGAGGUGGAGGUAUAGGCGUUGGAUGAAUGGUAUACGGCUGGAGUGGAGGCCUCUGGGUUGAUUGUAUUUGGCUAUGAGGGCCAUAAGAUGGCUGUGUAACAUUAACAUUGAGUGGUAUUUGCAUAGGCUGUGCUGUAAAUGUUAUAGGAGGGUUGAUUACUGGCCUGGUAAAAGGAGGGUCAGUAGGAGGCAGACUAGCAGUUGUGGGUAUGAAAGGCCCCGGACGUGACACUGAGGGGACGAAUCUUUGAGGUUCAGGGUUGGAAUAAGCUUGCUGGAAUGGCACAUUAGUUAGGGAGGCUGAUGGAAGUGGACCUGAUGGUACUUGGAUUGGGGACUCAUUUCUUAAUUGUGGAACAGGAGCAGGUCUCUUUGGUUCACCUUGUGCUGCAGAGAGUGUGGGAGCAUAUGGGAAAAGGGUCUGAACAGACUGAGACAUUUUUCCAGGUUGCAAUGCAAGUACUGAUUCUGUUAAGUUGGGUUCAGACAUGGACUUUUCACACUGUGGGGCUGGGACGGAAGUUACUGGUUGGUUUGGCGAUGAUUGAGUUGUUCGGGGGUGACAAUCCUCUUCAGAAUCUCCUUCUGAGUAGCCAUGUUCAUACUGUUCGACUCUCUCGUGUAAAUCCUUCAUCAUGCUCUUUAAUUGUGCCACUUCUUGUCUCAAUAAAACAGUCUCUGAGGUUUCUGCAGCAGGUUCUGCACAUUGACUAAAAUGUUUGGGAGGCUGGCCAUAAAGUUCAGUUUGGUAGUCCUGAAGAUACCUGGGAGGCAUUCUCUCUCUUUGUGGCCUUCCUCCGGCCUGACUGCCAUCAUGCCAAACUGAAUUUGGAUCCAUUUUCAAUAUAGAUGUUCUCUCCGGCUCGAAGGACCAUGUAAAAGAUUAUGAAGUUGCUGAUGCUUGCUCAUCGAACAUCCUAUAUUGAGUGCACAUUAAAACACAGGAUCCAGGAUUCAGUUUGACGGUUUAUUUGCUCGUCUUCAGUGGAUGAUUUUUUCUGUACAAUCAAAAGGAAUAUAAACAAGAUGUAUCAACAUAAAAUAUUACAAAAAGGGGGGACUGAUAAAGUCAAAUGAAUUGUAAAUUGGUUAACUAAUCUUACAUCAUAGAUGCAUCCACUUCGGGGUUUUAAAUCAAUACAUAUGCGUUUCAGGGUGACAGGAAUCUAAAGAAAUAAUAUUUGAGAAUAAACCAUAUUAGAAAUAAUACAAAUAAGGAGAAUACAACAACAUUUGUUAAGGCUUUGUCCGUUUCACACUCACAGUCAGAUUCCCUUUGUUCAGUGCUGCUCUUGUUCAGGCUGCAAAAGGGAGAGCAGGCCUGAGGACUGGCUUUUAUGGUGUUGGGGGUGUGGUUUGGCCUUGAGUGACAGGGGAGUCAGGUAUGGAGAUGGUGAGGUGAGAAUUUGGGAUUUAACAGGUAGUGUUAUGAACGUGGGGGCGGGGUCGGCAGCUCACUUUGCCAUAGUUCAAUUCAGGAAGCCACAGAUAAGGAAGAAAAGAAUUCGCACAAUCAUUUUUAACCAGUCUCCCAAAUCUGUUAGCUUCACCUUUUCACUUUGGAGGAGUCCAACAUUUUAAAAGUCAUGUGAAAGAAAACUGAUCUUUUGUUUCUGCUUUCACUUUCUUGUCAAGUAAUGGGGCUCUUCUUACUCAGCUGAUCAUGAAACAAAUAGCACUUGAUUCAUUUAUGGUGGAAAAACAGGAAAAAGUUAACAAGUUUAGUAUGAAGUAGCAGCUCGCUUACAUGUUGAAAUUAUGCCAUCAUCUUGCCUUCAGCAAGAGGUCGGGUGUUAACACACAGUGAGAACUCGCAUACCUGCACUUAGACAUGUGCACACACGCAGAGCUGUUCUGCCCUUGAUGCUCCUGUUGCUACUUCUCAAGGCGAAUCAGAUGCAGAAUUACUAUGCCACAUUUCAGAUAAGACAGUAAUUGAGCCGCCUUAAACUGACAAUGUGCAAGGGCCUUCAUGGAUAGCCUUGAACUUAAAUCAAACCUGUUUUUGGUAUUUUGAGUCAUCCUAAAUUAUUUUGCCAAAAGAGUUGACCAAAUAGAUCAAAACUGUAUCCAAACUGGUUCUGCACCACCAUGUUUAAAGUUAAUCAUAACAGUAAUUAUAGAAGAAAGUGAAUCAAGGAGUCAUGCUUAGCUCUUUUUAUAAAUCCUUGCUGCAUCAAAAAUGAUUAGACAAAGAAAAAUCUUUGUAAACAAGACGAACGUAAAAGAAAGCAAAAUGCUAAAUUAGCUAAGCAGUUGAAAAAAAUGUAUAAAUCGAAAUAUUUUGUAUGGCAACGCUCACUGUAUUGCAAAAUGUUAAAAAUCGCAAUAGUAUCGUACCGUGGCCCAAGUAUCGUGAUAUCGUAUCAAUAGUGCUGGGCGAUAUGGAAAAAAUGUAUAUCACGAUAUGGAUCAUUUUAUAUCACGAUAACGAUAUAUAUCACGAUAUAGCUAUGGUAUGCUUUCAGUUCUAUGAAAAAUUUAAGUGUAUACAGCUGCACUAGUACAGUACCAGUACAAGACCAGCACUUAAAACUAGAAAAAUGAAUAAAUAAAUACGUGGCUGAAGUGCGUUCAUGUCUGUGCUCACCCAAAGUUAUGCAACACUCACAGAAAACGCUGAUAGUGUGAGCCAAAGCACUCCUUAAUAAUAAUAAUAAUAAUAAUAAUAAUAAUAAUAAUAAUAAUAAUAAUAAUAAUAAUAAAUUUAAUUUGUAAUGCACUUUACAUUUACAAAAAAUCUCAAAGUGCUACAGUACACAGUAAAAAAAGAGCAGCAACAAUAAAAAAAGCACUAGAAUGACAGUCACAGAUUGGCAUAAAAAAAGAAUUAAAAAAAAAAUAUAUAUAGAGUUGCAAUGUAAGAGGCAAGGUAGUAAAAGCAUAAAGCAUAGAGGAAAACUAACCAAAGGCUUUAUUAAAAAGGUAGGUCUUUAGGGCUCUUUUGAAGAGGUUGUUCACACUGCUAGAUGUUUCUCCUCCGAAGCUGCUCUCUGCCUCCAUCAUUGUUUACUUUACUCUUGAAGCACGUAGCAGGACCCGAGCAUGAAUCCGAGCGCUUUAUUCGCCUAUCAGGGGCAGACAGGUAAGGUGAUUUGAUUCGCCACGACUCCAGAAAUGAUUGAAAAACUACAGAAUGUCACAAAAUUACGUUUCCUCACUGCUGGCUUGAAGGGUACAAAUGCGCAGCCGCGCUCCCAGCUGACAGGAAGUCAAACCACUGUUGUAGUUCUUUUGUGUUGCUAGCGCGGUCAAGAGUGUUGGCUCUCACUGAGAGAUGACUACAAAAAUGGAUGCACCUGUUCAUCUGGUUGUUAAACACGGCUGAAAAUGAUCAUCUUUUAAUGUUGUUCCCGCUCCUGCCCUCUCCCGAUGCUUUUUUCCGGUCCCAUCCCGAUCAAGGGAUUAAUUAAAAAAUGACUCCCAUCCCGUGGGAUUCCCGCGGGAAUCACGUGACCCACGGGAAUUCCCGAAAAAUGUCAUCCUCUACAGGGAAGGUCCCGGAGCAGAUGAAACAGGUGCCGGAGCGGCUGAAAUAGGUCCCGGAUCCGAUCAAAAGAGGUCCCGGAUCGCGCUCCGACUUGCUCCGGCACAAAUUAAGCACUGCUUACAGUGAUCCCCUCACGUGUGUAACUCAGGUAACCCGCAACGGCGGGAGACGCUGGACACAAAGAGGGCACGUAAAGCGGCGUCAUGUCGCAAAAUCGAAAGAGAAAUGCAAGCCUACAUGUCAUCGCAUCCUUUUCUUUGUAAGAAAAUAUUGUUUUCUUUCCCGUUCGACACCAAAUACACUUACUGAAUGUGCAAUUAUUGUUGUUGUUACUAUGAAUCAUCUGAUGGCACAAGCCCUAUGGAUAAAAUACAGCCUAUCGCCCGAAACGAUAAAAAUAAAAAUGGCACGAUAGACAUUUUCUAUCGUGCCCACGAUAUCUAUCGUCCUAUCGCCCAGCACUACGUAUCAAGGCCCAAGUAUCAUGAUAAUAUUGUAUUGUGGCUAAAGUAUCGUGAUAAUAUCGUAAUGUGGCCAAAGUAUCGUGAUAAUAUCAUAUCGUGGUCCAAGUAUCGUGAUAAUAUCGUAUCGUGGCUCAAGUAUCGUGAUAAUAUCGUAUCAUGGCUCAAGUAUCGUGAUAAUAUCGUAUCGUGGCUCAAGUAUCGUGAUAAUAUCGUAUCAUGGCGUAUCGUGAUGCGUAUCGUGGCUCAAGUAUCGUGAUAAUAUCGUAUCAUGGGGCCACUGGUGAUUCCCACCCCUAGUAACUGUCAGACCUGCUCUCACUGUCGAGGUUUUCUUCCUACAGUAGCUGCAUCACGCUUGAAACGGGAGCAGACUGAGUCAUUUAUCAGAGGGAGUGUGCACAGCAGAGCAGACUCCAUAGAUUAGAGGUGAGAGGAGUGUGUGCGGCUGAUUUAUUACCGGCCGUUAGCUGGUUAAAUGAGGCUAAGUGAGUCGGCCAGCUCAGGGAGGUGAGAUGGAGGAGAUUAGCCUACAUAAAGAGCGAUGGAGGAAAGAGAUCAGUGCAGCAAACGGUGACUCCUGACCUUGUGUGGUUUACAUACUGCUUCACUUAAUCUCCUCUCUUGUUCUUUCUCUGCUCUUCCUUGGCGUCAUCCUGGAGUCCUCCCUGCAUCUGUGUCAUGCUGGUUAUGUGAGGCUUUUUGAGAUGUGGUCUUCGAUGUGUUGUCUAACAAUUAUACAACAAGUCAGUGCAAGUCAUUGUCAGUGACAGAGCUGCAACGUUACAGCCCUGAGCGAAGCUUGGUUACGUUCACAUAACUAAUAUACCACAUGUCAUAACAUAUCUAUUUUUAAAAGUGCAGCUGAAAAGGCCCUGUAAUUUUCCUCUGGAGUUUGAUGGCUGUUGGAUGGGAGAGUGUUAUUAAAUGUUGAGAAGCUUUAAUGUCAACCUCAGUCUCCUCAGCUUUUGACAUAGAAAAAAAAAGGCAUAUCUUCGAGUUUGUAUUGUUGAUCUGCAAUUUAUUUCCUUUUUUGUGCAUUUACAUUUUGAAAUCUCUUGAGCAUUUAGAAAGGUCAUAAGUUCAUUACUAGAGAUGUACCAAUCCAUUUUUUUCCGAUCUAAUCCGAUACCAAUACCUGGGCUGAGCGUAUCGGCCGAUAUCUGAUACCGAUCCAAUACUACUGUUGAAUUAAUGAACUGUAUACCCAACCCUGUGAGUGAAGGCAUCAGGUUUGACAUUAGCCUUGUUAAAAAAAGGUAACAAAUUAACACAGAUAUAAAUACUUAAUAUUAUUUAUUAAAUGUACUAUACAAAUAUAUAUAGUAUAUAUAAAUAUACUAUAUUUAUGUAAUAUAUUAUGUACAAAUAACAAAUUGCACAUUAGCAAAAGGAUAGACAGACAUAGAAUAUAGAGCGAACAGAAUCGCUGUGUUUUUGUGUGUGAUAUCAAUUAAAAGAAAAAAAAAGAGACUGGAUCAGAAUGCUGGAUCGGCACCAAUCAUCAGAUGUCCGAUCCAGUUUAUUUGUCAAUAUCGGAGCCGAUAUCUGAUCCAAAUAUCAGAUUGGUGCAUCCCUAUUCAUCACAGAAAAAAGGGCUCCUUUGUCUUAGGAGGAGGCAGAUCUGAUAUUGUAGUUCAAUCACUGCCCAUCUGUCAAACUGUACAUUAAAAAGACACUGCAAAGUUUGUGUUGUCUACAGAUUGAUGUUGCAGCCAUUUUCCUCUGUUGAGAUAUUCAGGUUGGGCCUAACACCGUUAUGAUGUCCUAUAAGUGUAUCAGGAGACUGUAGAGCACAUCAUGCUUCCAUCUGUUAAGAAGCCUUAUGAAGAUACAGAUUCCCUGUGGUUGCUGAAUUUGCAGUCCAAAAAUUAGCAGUAGAGUAUUUUUUCAAAUAUUAGCAAUAAACCCUCUCUCCCUGAAUGCGACAAGGAAAAUAGCUGCGUAUGUGUUAAGUUCUCACAACGCUUCAUCAGACAUUUCAACUCAGUUCCGUCAGUUUGAAGGUCUCCGCUUGAAUUCAACACCUGUGACCUUCUUUACUGUUACAAAAUCCAGGACCUGACAGCAGUGACUGAUAGAAAUAGUGAGGGUCUAUCUUUGGCUCUGGAUGAGGCUAUACGGGUUCAAACUGAGGGGAUUGAUAUGUGCUGUUUAAGCUGCGUCUAUCUUUGACCUGUGGUCCAUGUGUCAGUUUGCACGUUUGCUUCCAGUGUGAGUGAGAGAGGACAAGCGAGCGACAUCAUUCACAUCCGUUUCCUCUCGUAGACGAGCUUAAGGUCAGAGGGGUUUGGUCCGCUCUGGUGAGUUAAUGUGGGAGGGUGGAGGGUGGGGGAGGCAGUGGAGGAGAGGCAGAUGGGACAUUGCUCAGAGGAUCACAUGAAGCAUGGUUGAGGUGGUAGUGACAACUGUAUAAUGGCACGUGUAGCUGUGUUUCAUGGGUGUUCAUUUUUGUGAAGUUUGGUUGAAUUUCAAACUUACUCAUUAAAGUUGGUAAAAGUUUUGUCCUUUUUUUACCCCUUUUGUCUUUCUUUUUCUUUCUUUUUCAUCUGCAUGUUUGCUGUCUGGCGUGGGUGCGAGUGUGAGUGUCCUCAUGUACACCUGUAUCCUCUCCUCUGUUUACACACGACCUCGUGUCUGGCUCUCGUCUGUGUGUGUGUGUUGUGCCUUUAUCGCCCUCCCUGCCCCACCCUUUACUGUAACCUGCUCUCUCUUUUUCCUCCUCAUUGUUCUACCUCUUCGCCAGGGCAGAGAGUCUUCAGCAGAAGCUUUCAGGAAGUCUCCGUCACUCAUCGGGCGGAGGGGAAAGCAAACAGCGAGAUGCACAAACACAGGAAGUGCUUCUUUCCUUGUUCUGUGUGCUGUGCAGCUUAUGAGAAAAGAGAAACCUGAGCUUAGUCUCUAACUUUACAUAUAAAUUUGAUUGUCUAAUGCUCUUCAGUUUCUCAUCGCCCCACAUGAAUACCACUCUAAAUCUAUGAACUCUGCUCCUCAGCCUUUGUGAUUUCAUAUUUCAUAUUUCUUUACCUGAUAGUUAAGAGGUGGAAAUAAAAUAGACUUAAAGCCUCAAAAUGUCAGUAGUCUUAUUUGAAAUACUGGUUCUAACUCCCUUUUAGUUUAAGCGUCCAAAAACCAGCAAAAAGAUGGAGUUGAAGUCUUGCUACCUGACAAGCAGCUACAAGUCACCUACCUGCAAGUCAAGUCAGUCAAGCCCUGAAGUUAAAGUAACUAUGCAGAACUCCUCGCCCUGAUAUAGUCAAAUUAGAUGAGUUGUCGAAAACACUGACUGCUGUUUCAGUGUCUCAAAUCAGGAACUGAGAUGUAGAAACCAGAAUAGGCUAUAACUGUAUUCAAAUCUUCAAUAUUCUGAUAGAGGAUCAGCCUCAAGAGGACACUCAAAGAACUGCAGUUUUUUCAACUUUCACAUUGCCUUCAUUUUUCAACUUGGCCAUGACUUAAGAUUUAUGGAGGGUUUUUUUUUUUAUCCUGUACCUAUAUUUAUAUAUAUAUAUUUAUUUAUUUCCCCAUCUCUCUCCAGGAACUUUAUUAAAACAUAAAUUCUUCAUCCAUCUUCUUCUCUGAUUCGCUCGGAGGCCUGGCCCCGAUCAUAUUACUCUUUCUUGCCUUUUAUUACUGUAAGGCCUUCACUGAAGCUGGUAAAUUAGAGUUGUGUAUCUGCAGUGCAUCUCAAGCAGCGGAGAGGUGAGCAGCUGUGGUCAAAAGUGGGUAGAGGUCAGAGCUCCCUUCACAGAGACCGAAGGAUGCACACGUCAAGAUUCACAUGACGGUUGUUGUAUAAUGGCUGGAGUUUGUGUCUUCAUAUUCAGACGUAAUAAUCCAUCUUCAGUAUGUGGAGUAGUUAACCUGGCUAAAACCCUUUUUUUCCCUCUAGCAUCAGCUCAGAGCUGCUGAGACUUGCUCCAUGAGCCCGGCACUCCCUCUCUGUGUGUUUUCACACAACCACUGGUUUGGAGAUUUGAAUAUAUUAAAAGGGAUGUCAGUUCCUAUUUUCACAUCUUUUGUAUGCGGAUUUCAGACACUGCUGCUGUCAGGCUGAACUCAGGGCUCAGUAUUUGGUAAUGCGGAUGAUAAAGGGUCACAUUAACACUGCUGUGCACAUUGAGAAGGUGAUCCAAACGUCUCAAUUUGUGUUUUUUUCUUUUUUCCUUUUUUUUUGAAAUGCUGCAAAGAGCAUAUUUACAACGUUUGGGUCUCUGUUGUAUGAAUUUCAAGGCAAUAAGCCUCACAGCAGUCGUUUUUAGAUUAAAAGUUAUCGUACUUUUUCUCCUUCCGUGUCUACUGCAUAAAAUCCCUUUAAUGGUAUCACCUGGGGCAGUUGGGUGUCAAAUAUAGGUAAAGUUUAGCAGAAUAAAAUCCCCACUGAAUCAGUUUCUGCCUUUUAUUCAGUCAGUCUGCGUGCUAAAGGAUAUUUCCUGACAGUUGGUUGUUCAACAAACAUGUUGAAAGUACAAAAGUGUUUCCUAACUACUGAUACCUUAGUUCCCUGUGGCCUUGGAAGUCCUUGAAAGUUAGUGUAUUUGUUAAAAUGAACAUUUAAACCUCUGCGAGUGAAUUAAGACCAGAAAAACAUGUUUCUCAUAAAAACUGUAGUCGCAUUGACGGAGACCUGCAUUGAUUAACCAACAGUCUGACAAUGUCUUAUUCUAUUGGGACUUUAUAAACGCUGGGUGCUUCAGUCCUGCUUUAUAUCUUAAUAAACAAAAUGACAAAACACCCUCAGUGUUACCAGCCUCUACACCCCACCAACAACACCAGCUUGUUACAAGAAAGAGAAAAUAUUACUGUGCUGUAAACAGGAUUCAGAUGUAGUGUUUUUUCACCACAAGGGGGCAGCACUAAUCCAUAAUAAAUGGCUGUCUAAUGAGAAGGAGCGCUCACCUGCUGCAUAGAAAUCUUACCUGACAGCAGUCAGGUAACUUUGUUUGUUCAUACGUCAUAUUGAUUUUAGCAGGUCUUUUAAAAUACAGGAGUGGUGUUUGAUCGGCUCUGAGUGACUGAUGAAUGAGAGAGGAGAUUAAACAAUAGAGAAGAGAGACAACAGGGGACACACAGGGUUAGUGAUGGCAUUAAGUAGAUAGACGUAAGGAGAGUUUGGUAAAAGAGAAGGAAUAAAAGGAAGAGGCGAGAAAAAGAGAGAGACCCAAUGAGCAUGAGAUCAGAUCGCAUUGUUGCAUAAUCAUGGCUUGCAGGCCUUCCCAGCAUGCACUGGGCUCUAUCAGCUCCAGUCCAGUAUCACAUGACCGUGUCAAGCUGCUGCAGUAUCAAACCAGCAAUACAAGUCCACCCGCAGCCAGAGGCGGACAUGGAUCAAUAGAUGUGUUCUUCCCUGAGUCGAGCCGUCCUCUUCAUUUGUUUCUUUGCUUUUCAUAUACUCAGGCUCAGCUCAAAAGGGAAUUAAUUAUUUUGAAAAACUUUGAGCAUUUUGAUAUUCAAAUUGGGAUUUGAUGGCAGAGGUAUGCUGGUUCAUUCAGUUCAGUGAAAUCAGGAAAUAUCAGGUUUCACUUCUGUGUGAAAACUCAUUUAUUCAUUGGUUUUCUUUUCUUUUAUUUAUGUGUGUUUUAAAGGAAAAGCCCAGAAGCUACCUAAUUGAUUUAUUCUUAUAAUCAUAUAUUGACUGAGUGUGAGGCUAGAAACCUCCUCUUGUGGAUUUUUCUUCCUUUGCACACCUUUCAUCUUCAUGCCUGCAACAUCGUUCACAUACCGACAAUACCAGGUGUAAUCCAAGCUUCAGUACCACUCUCCUUCUCCUUCCUUUCUUUGUGGUUUCUUUUUUGAUCUUCUACCUUCACCUCCUCCCUUCCGUCACUUCUGCACAGCCUCUAUCCACAUGCCAGCGAUACCAGACUGCAUACCAGCGAGCAGGACAUCAUCACCUGCCUGCACCUCUGCCUGUUUUCUCUCAUCACUGUUUCUCAGCGCCUGAGGAAGAGAGAGAAAACAGGAGAUGCUGGGCUGAUCUGUCCACAUAUGUGCUGCAUUAAAUCUUUUUCAACAGUAGGUGGCAUCACAGUCCCAUUUACCUUAGCAGCUCCUCCUAUGAAUGCUUGACCUCUGGUUUGGAGGGAGAGUGUUGUCAGUCGUGACUCAGCUGUAGAUGGACAGAUGUGGCAAUAAGUUAAAGUAAUGAUUUCAUAGUAAAGAUAUGAGUUGACAUUUUUUCUGGUACUGAUAGAAAUUGACAAAUGAACUAGAUGAGUAAAAUAUGACUGUUGCAGGCCUGUUAUCAGUCUAAAUAAAUGAUUGAAUCCUCUCCCUGCUUCACUCUGCUCAUGUAACUCCUUGUGCAUGAGCUCCUUGUGAGUCUUGCACAAGCUAAAGCUAACAGGCUAUUGGCGCAAAGGUGACUGGAACGAGUUUGAUUUGGUUUAUUCCAGUGACAAUGGCGUACUGCACUCUCCUCCAUGAUUCAAUAUGUAACUCAAGUGAGGCAGAGCUUGUUCAUUAGCUGGGGAGAACCAACCUUGACAUUUAUUCCACUCAAUAAAUCCAGAUUGCUCUCGCUGGUUUUAGGGCUGUGUCUGUGACUCCUACUAAGAGCAGUCAGGAAUUAACUUUAGCGUCAGAUAAACAAAAUGAGUGGAAAUGCAAAACACUGAGUCUUUUAAAGCUGAUUUAAAGUUGAAUCAGCAGCACUCACUGUUAUUUGAUGCUAGCUGUAGCUACAGCUGCAUUUUAAUCCUUUUUUGUUCAACCCUAAUUCCAUUAGGGUUGGGCCGCUGUGUAGAAUGAUGAAACAAACACAAUCUAAUGGCUUGCAAAUAGUUCAAUGACAACACAUCAGAUUUAGAGACUGAAAAGUGUUAUUCUUUAUGAGAAUUACAUACAAGUAGGGCUGGGUGAUAAAACGAAAAUUAUCUCCCUCAAUAUCGGUAUGAAACAUGGUCAAUAUGCUUUUCGAUAGCCAGCAUUCUGCCAUGUUUUGGUAGACUAUAUGAAUAGCCAAUGAAAAGGGGAGUUGCUCCAGGUUCGCGCCACGCUGAACCAACCAUUCAGUCGACUUUUUCUAGCGCAACGCCUUACAAUGAAAGAUGGAAGAGACACACAGACCUCACAAAUGCAGUAGCUUAUUGUAUUGCAAAAGACAUGCUACCAGUAAGCACUGUUAAAUUUCAUUCAAGAGUAACAGGGAACAUUUAAGAUUGACAAGUAAUUUUUUUGUAUCAUGAUAUAUAAAUAACUUUUUCCUAUAUCACCCAGCCCUACAUACAGGCUUAUUAAAGUUUGAUGAAAUGUUUAAUUUUCAAACUCAGGAAUUUAUUUCCCUUUAAACACCAGUAAAUGGUCCAAAUGUUCUUCAUCGUUCACACCGUGGCCUUUUCAGUUAUCAUCAAGUAGUCUUCCAGAACAUACAGGUAUUGAUUCAUAGACAAUUUAGGUUUAUUAAACCAGCAAACUUUCACAAGAGAGAGUCUGAGAAAAGUACAUUUUUGUUUCCAAAAGACUGCUUAAACAGUAAUUUAAGAACAAUUUGUCCUUUUUUUUUUUUCUAAAUGUGAGAUGUUUUUGCAACGCUGGCGCAGAGCUGCACAUUCUCAAGAUGCUUUCCUCCUGAUCGGUUCAUGGGUACGGUUCCAUUUCAUUUCCUGUAAUUGAAAUAGAAACCAAAGCUGCCCAGAUAUAGAAAGAUAGCACUGUUUGGGGGCAGAGUGCAGAAAUAUACCCACAAGAUAUUUAAAAAACAGUCAACAUCCCUGUUUAUUUCCCACAUGAAAUCACAUUUCAUGUGCUGUUAUAUACUGGGAGGACUGAGGUGACUUUAAGGUGAGUUAAGGAGGUGUCCCAUCACUAUAGACCAGGCUGUAUGUCAGAGGCAGACAUACAGGCAGACUCCUGGCGUCGUCCUGCCUGCCUGUAUAUAUAGGCCCUUUCAUACUGCUGCUCUUGGCCUGACUCCAGCUCACAUAUACCUCGAACUGUGCUGUGUGUGUGUAUUUGUUUGUGCUGAAACAUAUUUAGGGAGUGGGAGUGACAGAAACAGUAAGCUAUUGAUACUUGGCAGCAGGACCCUGUGUACAUUAACUUGCGUAACACACACUCGCACAUAUGGGUGGUUUCUUAAGAUAAAUCUUUGUCCUGCUUUUAAUAAAGUAAUGUGCGUGUGUUUGUGUGUCUGUGUUUGAGCGUGCUUUCUGUCAGUAUCACCUCUGUCCUCAAGAACUUGGCCCAAGCACUGACAUGGUCUCUCGAAAGCGCUCUAUCAUGCCUGCACUCAAGUUGCAGGGGCCACAUUUGUGUAUGAGUGUAUUCUGUGGUGCUGUCCAGCAUCGAAUCUGUGGAGUAUAUUCCUGGAAAGCUCAUGUAGGAGUAGAGGGGCCAGGGCUACUCCAGAGCUCCACCAGAGCCAGAGACGAUGACUGUUUUCUGGAAGCUCCUCCGCCACUUGGAACAUGGCAGGGGAAAAGAGUCAAUGAACUUUUUGCUUUUUUAAUUUUUCAGCUUAUUUCGAAGACAGGAAAAGACAGCGCGAUGCAUCAUUUCCUAAUACCAUUAGUAUUCAUGGACACACACUUAAAAGUUCACCUCAUUCUUGCACAACAACCACCAGGAGGAAGAAUGCAGGGAGGGAUGAGAGCUGGAGGGACAGAGGGGAGGAAAAAGAGGCUCCUGAUGAAGGGAGGGAUGCAUGCAAAACAGGCCUGUAUUGAAGAAAAGAUUGUGAAAGAGGCAAGAGGGCUUAAAUUAGCUUAAUGAAGGAGGCUCUAAAAGGAGCAAUAAACUCAAGGGCAGUUAAGGUGCAGACCAUGAAUAAGUGCAGGAAGGAGGAAAGGAUUGAGAGUGAAUAGGAGGAGGAGAGAAGAAGAGAAAGGGGGUGUUGUUUUGGAGCGGUGUCACUAAAGCCCGCGCUAAUUGUGCCUCUGUGGUCUCCAGUCUUCACACUCUUUUCAUUUAGUAUAAUCCCAAAGUCUCCUCUGUCCCAUCCUGCUGCUUCCCAUCAUCUUCUUCAUCGUCUUCCUCCGCCUCCUCCUCCCUUGUGUGGCUGUUGUGUAACUCUGCAGUGACUGACUGUGCAGAAGCAGCAGCAGCAGCAGCGGUGGUGUGUUUGUUCGAUUGAUCAGCAGUUUUAGUGCCAGGCUGCUCGUAUUGUAAUAAAUGAGUUUGGAGCCAUUGAAACCCGCACUGAGUGCUUUUGUGGGAGAACAGGGAUCUCUCUCUCUCUCUCCCUCUCUCUCUCUCUCACACACACACUGCACCACACUCCCAUGAUGUAACAUGAGAGUCCAGAAUAAUGCUUUUUAACUCACCAUUUGCCUGGAUUCACUAUUUUGUACUUUUCCGUCCUGUAAUCCCUCCAGACCUGUACUCACUAAAGUUAAUGAGACAUUUAAUGUUAUUAUUUUUUGAGAUUAUUUCCAGUGGACAUGAUGGGCAGGUUUUCUUUUUUUUUUUUGGAAAUGUCUGUACUUAAGUGAGUUUGCAAUGCCUUUUAUUUAACUUUAUACACUCUCAGAAAAAUCAUUUUACAACUUUUGUAACUUUCUGUGGGAAAAAAAUACUUUAUAUUUUUUAAUUCUCUUCUCCAGACUAAAAAUGACAAUCUCCAGUCGUCCCGAUAUGAUUCAAUAUGAUGUGAUACAAUGUGAAAGGAUACAAUACGAAUGUGGACUGUAUACCGAAUGGACGCCGUCUGCCUCCUCACUGGGUGAAGCCACCCCGAGAACAGCACCCUCCGGUGACGGGCUGCAGUAUAGGUCACUAAUCCCGCCUCCUCCAGCAAUCCCUAUGAAGCUGUGGACAAACUUUAGAAAUUUAUUACACAGAAUAUAAAUUUUUCUCCCUCCUGGUUGCAAUGUUGACAUGUAGUUACUGUAAGACUGGUUUGUGCUCAAGUCCUCUUUUUUUCUGUGCAGCUCUGUUUUUAAAAGUUAUUAGGGGGUUCAUGUUUUCUAUGAUUGACACUUGAUACAGCCUAUGGGCAUAGCUUACCUGGGGGAUACGCUGUUUGAGCCGAGCCUCAUCACAGCGACUCUCCUGCCAAAUGCGUACAAUGCUACUGCACAAUGUUGGUUUCAGGAAGUGGAGGGAAAAAAAAACGGAAACACCGAGAGCUUUUUGGUUUCAAAUUUGUAUACUGGUGGAAGGCAGAACCAAGUUGUCCAUAGUAUAUACAGUCUAUGGAUACAAAACAAUACACUAUAGAAGAUACAGUGAUGUGAUAUGAAGUGAGAGGAUAUGAUACAAUACAAUGCAAUGCUAAGAGGAUACAACACCACAUAUGAUACAAUACAAGAUAAGAUGACAAGAAGUUGACGUAUGAAUACCCUUACUCCAGAUACCUGGAAACAGGGAAGUACCAAAAUACUCAACUUACUAUUCAAUGCACUUCACCAAAACCAAGUGCACGUUCAAGCUGCAAAAGAGGGAGCCUCUCAUAAAUAUCAGUGAUGUUUUUAUUUUGCCCUUUAUACUGCUUUAUGCUUAGGUUGCAAACAUGAACAUGGCCUCAGUCGUAAGCCUGGAUUUGAGCCCAGUCUUGGACCAUUGCUGCAUGUUUCCCCUCCUCUCCUUUCCUGCCUCAAUUGGUAAAACCAGCACAUCUGGUCUUUCCAUUUUAAGCUUUGUGGUCUGUCCUUCUCUCUCUUCAUCCAUACAUGUUUUCUCUUUUUUUGUGAGAAGACAAAUCUGAGCUUGACACAACAACAGCUUUGCAAGAGCUGUAUCUAGUUCACACACACACACACCCAGGUUGUCCACUUCCCUCAGGGCAUGUAUAUACACUGGAAGCUGUUGGCUGCAGGGAGGCGAUAAAGAUCACACUUGAUCAACAUAAAGCCAUUCCAGUGUCACCUCUGUGUCUGCUCAAAGUCCCUUUGAGUUAUCACCCGGGUCAUAUCCUCCACAUUUUAACAUUCCCACAGCCCAUUUUGUUGUCAAUUGUCACUUUUUUUUUUUUACAGAGGAUGACAGACAAGCUGCAUAGCACGGAUAUUACUCACCAGCCAGUAAUUGUUGUAGUCCAUUGUGUUCGCAUCGGCAUUGUUUCUGCAUCAUCACCUGGUUUAAGGUCGAGAGUUCAUUAGUGUAGUAUUUAAUGCUAGUUUUAGUAGCAUACAAGGCAAACCAACGCAUGAAAAAUUGUAUAUAGGAGUCAUAAUUGCCCAAAGCCGAUCACAGUUACCAACUUUUGUUGACCUGCACUUAGAGCUGAGAAAUAAAACAAUAUAAAACGUGGUCAAUAUGCUUUUCGUUAGUCUGCAUUCUGCCAUGUUUUGGUCGACGAUACGACUAGCCAAUGAAAGCAGAGUAAUGUGCACUGCAAAUUACGUCGAGUAAAUGUUCUCAUAAAGUCGCGGAAUACCUCAAAUCUUUUUCACCACCUGAAGCAGAGCCACACGGCAGAGCAAGCGCAAUGCCUAAGGUUACAAACCCCGAGCGGAGCAAGGAGCCCACGGCGCCUGUGUGGCCGGAACAGCCGACCAUUCAGUCAGCUUUCUCUAGUCUAGCGCAACGGCUUACGACAAAACGUCAAAGACCUCACAGAUGCAGUAGCUUAUUGUAUUGCACAAAAUGCUACCAUUAAGCACUGUUAAAUUUCUUUUUUCAUAUCGUGAUAUAUAUUGAGAUCGACUGAUAUGAAAAAAAUAUAUAUCGUGAUAAACUUUGUCCCAUGUCGCCCAGCCCUACCUGCACUCAUUUAAGUCAAAUACUAAGGUAGUAUGGGGGUUUAUUCAAAUUAAAAAACCCAGUUUUCCUCUGAAGUUUAAACAAGUUAACCAACUUUUGUGCCAUGAAAUGUAAAGUGAGUUUCUGAGUGUUUGUGUGUGUCCAUGAGAAAGGCACACAUACCAGGAAGGGCUACUUUAGAUUUAAAUUGCAUUAAUGGAUCCUCAGCCCUAUUCUUAGCCUUAAAUCUGUCUCACCCUGCAGGUGUUGACAGGAGCUGCGCUAGGUUGGUGGAGUCUGGUUUGUGUUCAUCAUAUGUGGUAAUAAUAUGUGUGUGUAUAUAUAGCUGUUCUGAUAGGAAACGCUGUUGAAACAUGAGAGCCUCCUCAGGACCGUGAAUGGAAAGAAGGAAGCGGGCUCGCAUCGAUAAUCUUUUUCAUAAAACCACCCCAGCUUGUCUUCUUCGUGUUUUCUCGUAAAAGACGUCACUGUAGCUCGGUUUUAUGUUGCCGGAUGAAAGGAUGAAGAUGUGGGAUCACUGAAAGAAAAGGUUCAAGUUUUUCUCGCGUGUUUUUCCUCAGUGGUGGAGAGUCAAAGCGCGGUGGUUUACGUCAGCGCGCCAGUGGACACAAAGCCGACCCAGCCUCAACCAGACUCCGUUUAAAAAUCACUACAUUUUGUUCAACUCACAUCGCUCCAGUAUGUCAACGACACCAGCUCCUUUUUGUGUGUUUUAAUCGAAACGUCUGCUGUCUGGAGACUCGUUAACCCUGCCCCACGGAAACUAAACCGAGGGGGUACACGAGGAGGAGGAGGAGGAGGGGGAGUGAGGUCUGCGAGGAAACGAUAGAAAGAUAAAGAGAAAGGUGUUGGAGGAGUGAGAGAGAACUGCAAGGAGCAACUCCCGUAUUGUUCCGCGUUUGUUAGCUCUGCAGCUGUCCACAGAGACAGAGAAAGAAAGAGAGAGACACAGACACACACACACUGUGGGGUUUGUUUCUUCCAGGGUGCGACUAAAAGCUGAAACACCGUCAAUUCUGGAUUUCUUUAUCCGCUUUCUGUCGUCCAGGAUGAGGUUUAAAAGGAACGGGUCCUAUACGCUAAAUAGGUAAGAGGCUGCUGUAAUGGAGCGGCAACUUGAUAGUGUGUUAUCGAUAUAAGGAGGAAAGGAAGGGAGGGAGGGCGGUAUAUGGAGGGGGUGUCAUAUGCUAAGCUCAUAAAUCAGUGCACAGUUGUUUCUGUGAUACUUUAUCGCCUCUUUAUGACACUUUAUGAUGUUACCAGCAUAUCUUUCCAUAACUCUUCAGCAAUGCUAAAGGAGAAACUGUGAUUUCAUUGCAUCAUUGUGCAAUGUUAUGCACACACAGGAACCAUUGUAAUCUUCUUUAUGGAUGUUAAUGAACCUGCAGGUAGUAAAUAUAAAAUGUGAGUUGCCUAUUUUUGAUAGAUUUAAUGUAGCAUGCCUGAUUCAAGCACUUGUGUCCACUCUUCUUAGUUUUAUCAGUGUGGUGCCCACGUGUUCAGCUGGACCAGGAGAAACCUGUCUGUCUUGCUUUAAGGAGGGGUGGGCGCUCUUUUUGUUUCCUGAGGGAAAAAGCAAAAUGAUCUCUCCCCCUCUCUCUUUAUUUUCCCCAACUCUCUCUCUUUCACUCUCGCUCUUUCUCUAUCAUUAUUUUUCUCUCCCUUCCUUGUCCACGGAAAUACCCCCUCGUGGCCAUCCCAUCACCUAGCAACUUUGUAGCAGUGUGACUGAUGCUCCCCCUAACCUACUUUUCCCUCAACAAUAAUUGCAACAGCCUCAUUCAUGUCCUGGCAGUCCUGAAACCCGGUCACAAGUUGGGUCUUUUCUCCCGCCCACUGGUCCAAUUCCCUCCUCUUAGUGUGUUAUCUCUCCAAGUCACAAGUUUAAAAACAGUGUGUCUCUCUGCCAUCUGCACACCACACCACAGCUUUCUUGAAUCCAGCCCAUGUGACCGUUACAGCGGAUGUCUCGGUCCUAACUGCCUGUCUGGAUUUUAUGAUAACAACCAAGAACCCGAGUGACCCACGAGAGCGCGUUCACAUUGUGAAAAGUGACAAGUGAUUUACCGUUAGUUUCAUUUCUCACACUUUUCCUCUGCCACUCCUUUCCCCUUCGCCUUGUGUUCGGGCUUGUAGGUUUCCGCUGUACUCGACAUGACACACACAAACACAAACCCACUUCCUGUCUGUUAGGUUCUGAAACACAAAGAGUGUUAAUGAGCACUAAACACCCACUUCACCACACAGAGAAAAAUAUGUUAUUGCUUUUUACACCCCUCCUCCCCGUCCUGUUUCCACUUGGGGACUCUGAGUUACUACUUCAUUGUGCGAGUGUAGUGUCACGUGUGUUGUUAUUGUGUGAGCGCGCAGGUGAGAGGGAUGAGGUAAUUAAAACGGUGAAAGGGAAGGCUUGGAAGGUGCAGCUCCUGAUGACAGGUUUCCAGGGAAGAGAAAGGGGGGCGGGGGGCUGACGUCAUAGGAUGUGAAAGUGCCCCUCUGCUCUGCUGCAGUUCUCCUUUGUCAUCUUUUUAUCUGAGAAAGAAACAGCACAGGAGGGAGGAGGAGCAGCAGCAGCACCAUCACCUAAAGUUGUGAACAGAUCUGCGGUCAAAUCUCCCUCUCUCUGCUCUGGUGCUCUUUGAUUUCUUUUUGCUUUGUUUGACAGAAUUUAAGCGGUUGUUACAUAACUUUGGUCCUCUGAAGGUGACUUGUCUCUCCGUCUGCAUCCUCGCACUCUUUUUCUCCACAUGCUGCAGAUUUCUGAACAAAGCUCGAGCCAGCCCGCUUGACGUCAAGCACCAGAUCUCUGCUGCGUCUUCUGUCUUUGUCACAGCCGCUUAAUCCUGAGUCAGUCCAGUCCAGCGCUUGCUGCAGCCUUCGAUUAAAGCAUCACCUGACCACUGCAGUCCCUGUGUGUGUGUGUGUGCUAACUAACUAACUCUGAGUGUGUAAAGAGAGAAGUAAAAAGCAGAGGACAAAAGGGAAGUAAUUGCUUUUAUUGAACGCUGCAGGGAAAAAAAAAAGGGCGAGAGAUGUAUAGAGGCCUACGAAUCAGUCUGUGUCCUUCACCUUAAAUGCCCACGCCAUAACAACAGCACUCUGCAGUGAUUGGCUCGCUUCCUGGAGGCUUGUCUCCGCACUAGCCCCUCCCAUCAAGUACCUCUGCAUCAAUUGUGUGAAUGGAGGGUCACUGUUAUUACAUAACAGGGUAAAACAGUGAAGAUGCGUCCCAUCACAGCUCCUCACCGCUGACUUGAGAGUUGACAAUUAGCCAUGUGCUUUGGUAAAUAAGUUACAUAUGACUCAGUGUUCUCAGACUGAUCAACUCUUCACUGAGGUUUGACUCGAGCUUAGAUUUGGAGAACGGACGAGUGUUUGGUCUGUGCGAGAGAGCCGGUGUGCAGAGAUCGGUUGUUUAGGUCUUGUUUAGGGUGUAUACAGAUGGCUGGGAAGAUUGCUUCCUGUCUCGCUCCCUCUCGGUGCGUCCCCCUGUCCAUCUCCCUCUUCCUCGCUCCUGCAGUCCACCCUGUGCUGCCCAGCAGUCAGCAGUUUGUUUAUGGGACUCUGUUUGCCAAGCUAAUCUUCCCGCCUUUCAAGUGGGAGCCAGCGAGCGAACGCAAAAUAGAGAGAGAGAGAGAGAGCAGGAGGUAGAGAGAGAGGGAGAGAGAGAGAGAGAGAGCAAAGAGUGUGAAAGUGAAGCAGUUGCAGUUGCAGUAGUUGGAAAGGAGAGAGAAAGAGAAACAUGCCUACAGAAGUGUAUCUGGACUCGUAGAGUAUUUUUCGUCUUGGUUUGUUUACUGACUGUCCUGAGAGCAGCAGACGUCUGUCCGUCCUGAGUGACCUGCGUUACAGUCUGAGCCGUUUUGUUAUGAUGCUGGAGCUGCUGCACCUGUAACCAAUUUUGGGGAAAAAAGAGGAGAGGAGACGUGGAGGUUAAAAGGAGGAAAGGUGCUUCACCACCGUCCAGAUGGGGGUUCUGGUGUGCUGCGACUGCUUCUUCUAUCGGUACUUAACCAAGUCUCUCAUUUGACCUUUCUUUUCCUCUUUACUCUGAUUUAUUGUUUGUUUACACGUCGCUUUUUUUAUUUGUAGACUCAACUGGCAUUGUCAAUGACCUUCUUUAACUCCUCCAUCCCUCCUCUUCUUCUUCCUCCUUCAGUCCGUCUGUUAUGCUGCUGCGGUUUUGUAAGAGACAUUUGAGGACAGUGCUGCUGUAGCAGGCAGAGAUUCUGCUGUAGUCAGACACACGGCGAGCCUCGACUUGUGGGAGGGGAGGAGAGGAGGAGGAGGAAAAGGAGGAAGGAGGGAGUGAGGACAGAGGGACAGUGAUGGCACCUAGCCAGCCUCCUAUAGCUGACCGAGGGGGAGGAAAGUUAGGUGGUGCAGGGUACAGGGUUUGUUUGGAGAAAAGGUUAGUUGGAGAGAAAUGGCAUGAGGCCAAAAGUUAGUUAGUUGGUGGGACUCGUCCUGCUCUGGGAGCCCUGUUUGGCAGGACUCCUCUGUUUAUUUGGACACAGUGUUCCUCUCAUAAGGGGCCAGGGAUGUGCCCUUUCCUUUUUCAGUUUUGGUUGUUUGCAGAGCAUUGACCUAGCACACUUUGCCCUCACCCUGCAUGUUUCCACCUGAAUUAUCUUACCUCAAAAGAGUAUAAUCAUGUUGAAGUUAGUUUUGAAACCUGACAAGCUUUCCUCUGCUCGGAUAAUAAGUUACUGUGUUUUACAGAUUAAAAGCAUUUUUGAUUUCAGCUCAGCUCUCUGUGCAGAAAGGAUCUGGUUCCCCUCUCUUGUGGUUGCGGGGUGAGCCUGCUUGAGCCUGGCUUCACUGCUGUAUAAAGUCUAAAUAUAACCUUCUGGUUCCCUGAGGAGCGUUUCAUGGUGAGGGUAAAAUUGUAGCUUAAACUAAGACACACACUGCACAGCUGGAUUAGAUUAGGCCUCACUGUGAUUCAGGACUUUGUUUACGCUUUGCUGCUGCUCUUAGUCUGAAUAACAGCCUGCUGGUCACGUGUGGAUGUAAGCGUUGUGUAUCUGCACAUGUGUUACAUACUGUAGACUGGGGUGAAAUCAACACAGAAGCCUUGUAUAGACGCAGCUUGUGCCAGCAGUACUUGUGCCGCUCAUUCAGGGGUGGGACCUGGACUGCUGCUAAUGUCUAACAGGCUCAUUAAGCUCAAAUGAGCUGUCAUGUCUAUUUUUAGGAUUUUCUCUUCCUUGGUGUGAUUAUCAGCCAAUCAGGAGGCUCGGUACUGAUGUUAUAUGGCUUGAUUGAUGUGUGUGUUUUGAGGCACACCCUUCAAAACAGGUCCUUGUUGACCUCGGCCCAGGCCAACACUUGGUCCACGGGGCUCCAGUGUCUCAGUUUUCAACAGUAGCAUUGUGUGCAGACCAGACUGGCUGCCAGCUCUACAUUCAUAAGCGUCAACUCUGAUUUUGAUCAUAAUAUUCAAGUUCGCCUCACUUUUCUACAAUUUUGAUGUUAUUUUAAGUGGAUGGUAAUAUGUGGUUAGGAGCAAAGACCUCAGGGUUUAUGUAACAUAAAUCUCAUCUGGGCAAGGCCAGCCAAGUACACUCGUAUAUGUCCUAAUUGGAAAAAGUACCUCAGCUGAAAUAUAAAUAGUGUCAUAAAAAAUGAAAAACUAAUAAAAGAGUCAUCUCUCUGCUUGAUCAUAAAAUACUACAGAUAUUGACUUUUAUUCCAAGUGAUAGUUUGAUAUUUAAAAACAUAAAACUAAAGAGUUUUAUUCAGAGCAAGAGUUUACACAAAGUCAGCAUAACUUGAUGUAAAGCUUAGCCCACUUAAAUCCAUCCCUUAUUCAAAAGUUUGACAAGUAUGUUUACUCUAUUGAAAACUGAAGGAUAACCAUUUCUUCUCCUCUCCAGUCUCUGAGUAAAGCUUGGCUUUUGCUUUGAUACUAAUUUAACUUCUUGUUUAAAGCAGGAAUGUCCGGGGUUUUGUAUGGAAGUUUUGAGUUUGUGUCGCGGUGACUUACUGAGUUAGAAGCACGUAAAAAACACUCGAUCCAACCUGAAAAACUCUCUAAAUUAAUUUUGCGUGACUCCGUGAGUCCUCCCCCCGCAUAGUCGUGUCCUCUUUUUGUGGAUUCAGAAUAUUUCCUAUUUAUCAGUCUUGAUGUGAUUUGGUUUGAUCAACUUGUGGAUGAGUCAUAAGCUAGAAGCAUUAUUGUGUUCAAAGAAAGUUAAAAAAAAAACAACUUGCAACUUAAAGGUCCACCUGUAGAAACAGGAAUAUUAAAGAGAUAUGCUCACCCUCCUGUUGGUGAAGUGAUGGUGGCCUUCAAGGACAAGAAGCUGCUGUGACGCAUGAUAAGUUUGAUCCCCCAAUGGAUCAGAAAGACCCAUCAGUACAGAUCAUUUUAAGCACAAUACUCUUCUUCUUUUCUAUCUUCUUAUUUUUUCUUCUUUUGCUCAGGCAGCCACUCAUCAGACACCAAAACAUGUACGGCCCUUAUCAGUUUGUCCAUCAUAGAAACAUGGUUGACUUCAAUAGAUUCAAAAGCCUAUUUUUAAGUGAGCUAACGCAAAGCAGUACUCGUAUUCUCGUAGGAGGAUUAUACUCUAAUCUAAACACACUGCAGUCAUGAAUAUUUUUCUCCAUUUCUAUCGUCUAAUUUGCCAAAUGCAGCUCUAUCCUACAUACUGUACCUUUAAAUAUCCACUUGAUGUAAGCGCCGCGAACAUGGUCACAUUUGGUGCUUUCUUCUUCACAGAAGAUCAAUUUUCCAGGCUUCCCUCCAUCACAACAGUCCUGGGGCAACAACAACCACAGAUGGGAGUUGAAUCCAGGGUCAAGCUCUCAUUCAGCUUUUGUUAAAUUUGUGUUGUUUUUUAGUUUCCCCUCUAUAGUACCGUCCAAGUUUUGACUGCCUUUUCUUUAGACACAACUGCCCCGUACAACAGGAAAACUAUCUUUCCCCCUCAUUUACUGUGGUUUAAUGUUUCUUCGUGCUACAAGAUGUUUUACUGUUGACAAAAGAAGACCUCAAGGCUCCUGCAACACAACAAAAGCUUGAGUGUUGUUUUGCUCUCACUCGAUCAUGUUGGAUUGUAAAAUGUGUGGCGCAGGGAACAAUAGUCCUGAGUGUCUCUCUUCAUACUGUGUGUGCUGUAUUAGCUAAGCAGGCCAUACUGUGCUCCAUGUGUCUCUCAUUAGGGUACCUUUGGCUGCUUCCACAGGGCUGAGAUGUUAAACUCAACAAGGAAACCAUUCUCCACCCAGAAUAACCUCACUCUCCUUACCUCAGCCCAGCAAACUCCCUCCUCUCGAACCUCCAAGAUGGAGCUGAACAGACUCAAGCUUAAAUUGGACUGUUUUUGAGGAACAUGGUCCAAGAUUUUGGCUGCUGUGGCUACCGUUUGGAGCAGUGGUUCUCAAGUCCAGUCCUCGAGGCCCACUGUCCUGCAUGUUUUGGAUGUUCCCCUGCUCCAACACACCUGAUUCAAAUGAUCAGCUCGUUAUCAAGCUCUGUAACGGCUUAAUAACGAGCUAAUCAUUUGAAUCAGGUGUGCUGGAGCAGGGAAAUAUCCAACCACUGCUUUAGAGCAUAUAAAAUCUCCAAUAGUCAUAUCUAUCGAAGGCUUUGUACAGCAGAAUUGGAUUUCAGUAUUUCUUGCUGCACUUAAAGCCAAAGCUGCUUUGUUGACUUGUUGACCAACCAAACUUGAACCCAACUUGUAUUCAUUAUUUAACAGUCUGUCCUCCAAACAAGUAGUCUUCAUAUUUUGUUGACUUGUCCUGAGUCAGUUAGCUGCUCAUAAAUGAACAGAGAUUGGGUAAACUGGCGUUAGUGAUAUGCAAAUCUAGACUUACCUUUGUGGUUCAUCUGAAUUUGGAUCAACUUGCAAGUUCCCAGGAGCUUCUCCAGAUAUCAGACACCAAGAAUUAUGAUAAAAGCUUUCCAUCUAAUUUUUCUGAGCGCAAUUGACCAUCAAAGUGAGGAGCCCUUUAUUUUAUUACUGUCAGGUCAUGUGGUACAGUACGCUGUUAUUAAGAAAGGACACUGUCAAGGUUCCGCACAUCUAAUCAACGUGGUAGUCUUCUUAACUUGACUGACCGCCCCUCUCGCCUUUCACCUGCCCUCCAGUCACUGCGGAGGGCAGACCUCACACACGGGGCCAGUUACAUAAUACAGACACCGUGUGCGUGCGCGUGUGUUUCUGUGUGUGUGUGUGUGUGUGUGUGUGUAUGUGCGUGUGUGUAGACCAGUCCUGCUGGCUCAGGAGGAGGAGGAGAAAAAGAUGGCCUUGCACUAACCUCACCUCCGCAUUUAGAUCCACACAGUCAGCAGACACACACACACACACACACACACACACACACACACACAGCUAUGCACACUUUAAAAUAAAAACUUCUUUGCAGAUCUUUUGCAAUAUAACUAAAACUUUUUAUUUAAAAGUCUUCAACAAAAAGACGUAAAACAAAAAGAAGCGAACCAAGUAACUCCCUCCAUGUUCACUAGUGCUGCUCCAACAAUCGUGCACAUAGAGUAAAAAUCUUGUGUGUGCGACAGCAGGUGUCUCCUAAGUAUCGGAAAACCUUAUGGCUGCUGGGCGGCUCACUUUGCAGGUGGAAAAUGUCUGGUUUGUGCGUUCUUCCUCAAACAACAGGCUUGUUUGGGCUGCUCAGUCAGCGGGCAGGGAAACUGUUUGUUUGCAGUAGUUGUUGCAGCAGCAGCAGACUUGGUUUGUGUUUGCUGCCUCUGGGAACAGGAGGCCCAUUUGAAGGGAGACAGGAAGUGCCUGGGCGCCUUACUUCCUGUUUAUAGAGUUGGUCUCAGUCGAGAUUUAAAGGGAGGUGCGGUCUGGUACAGCUUCAUUGAACAGGGAGGGUGGUGGGUGAGUGGGUUAGCCUUCCUUUUUUCUCCCUUCAAACUGAAACACACACACACACACACACACACACACACACACUUGCCUGCAUAGUUGUGUAAUUAUUCUGUGCUGGAGUGCUUUUAGCAGCUGUUUCCCUUAAUCUUUGUUCGAUCAUCUACCAUUGGAUAUGAUAAUAUUACCAGACGGGCAAUACGAACAUUGAGCAGCCUCCACACACACACACACACACACACACACACACACACACACACACACACACACACACACACACACACACACACACACACACACACACACACACACACGCAGCUCCUCUGUUGAGCACAGAUUGUCUUGUUUCACCUCUUUAAAAGCUCCGCUGGGGCCCUCCUACUCCAUGAUAGAAAAAUGACUCACACAUACAUCAAAAUCCCUCCUUGAGAAAACACAUUUAAUCAGAGAGAAGCAGCAGAGGAGGUUUCACCGGAGCAUGCAGGGAAGGGAUGCUGCAGAGUGCUGACUCCUGCAUGUUCUGAGAUGUUGUUAAGAAACCUUGAUUACUUAACUCAGGGGCUGCAGCCAAACAACGACUAACCUGACAUAGCCUUUAGCUGGACUGGAGCUCCUUUGAUUUACAGCAGUGUAGGCAUGUGCCGAUAUGAAAAAUUUCAUAUCACGAUAUUGGUGGCCCAAAAUAUCACGAUAUUAUCAUGAUUUUAGCGCAUUGCUUUUAACGUUAUUAAAAAUGGCAAAAAACUGCGAAAUCACUUCUCUGUGCACAGCAUGACACGCACAAACAAUAUGAGCAAGAGGCAGCUAACGCGACGUUGGGAGCAUUAGCUUUUUGGAGCUAAAUUUAGCAGAAACGUCACUAACGUUGUCAAUAAUAAGCAGUAGAGUAGACCAAACUUGUUGCUGUCAUGUUGUUUUUACCUUGAUUUGGGCGAACGAUGCUGGAUGGUGUUCACGGGGGUGGGCACGUAGGUUUGAAGACAACGGCGCUGCAACUUCCUUACGGCAUAACCUACAGGAUGGUGUCAGGUUUACCACGCAUUUUGUUGUAAAAUUUCAUCAUUUUCUCUUUUAAUGUUCCCGUUUUUGUUAGACUGGCAUUGAUGUACUUAAUUUGAGAGUUUGUUUUGGAUUUGGGAUUACUUUUCUGGUGGUUUGUUUGUACAUUUUGCUACCGAGGCUUUGACACCGUGGGUAAGACUACAAGCAGGUUAGGUUAGUAAGUACUCGGCUUCGCUCACUUCUGCUGAGUGACGCUGCCACUCGUCUUUAAAUUAUUAUUGUGGAAUGAUUAUUACAGUACCCUAUGAUUUCAUCAUCGCGGCAUAUCGCGAUUAAAUCGUAUAUCGGCGUAUCCUUACAGCAGGGCUUACGGUAAAGAGAGAGUUUUGAUUCUUCGUGUUGCAGACAGAUGUGCAACUCUCCACCAUCACCCUCAGGGAGAGAUGAUGUCACCGCAUAAGCUCAUCUCCUCCUCCCCAGGUGGGAGCCAGUAACUCCUCUAACUCAAGCCAAUCACAGGCUUGUUUACACUUGAACCCCCUGGCGAGGAGACACAUACACACUCAUGUACACAACCGUAAAGUGUUAAGAGCCGCUGAUCUCAUCUGCUCAUAGAAGAAUCCAAUUAUAUUGCUCAUCCUUUAACGUAGGACUUUUUCAUGAGCUUAGGGUGAAGGCGGACGAGGAUAUUAGCGCUCGUCAUUGUACUGACGUCUGACGCUGCUGCAGCAUCAUUGGAGUGACACACACACCUCCCUGCUGCUGCUGCUCGGUGGACAUCUAUUGAUUUGACCUCUCCUGUGUCUCCUUUCUAUGCGCCUCUCUUUUAUUCUCCCAUUCUGACUCCAGCUGGCCCCGCCCACUUCCUUCCCUCACUCAUUGAUGCACCAUCUGUAGGCAACAGACAUGCAUUUUGUUUAGUAGCAUAUGUGUUUCUGUGGAGAGACAAACACACAGAAAAGGACUGUUUCCCUCAUGAAUACGUGUUUGUGUUUUUUUUUCCCUCCACAGGCCAUGCGCUCAGAUUUCCUCAGUGCCAGUCUCUGACAAAGGGCAGAGCCUCGCUGUGGUUUCACUGUCAUCUCAGCAAUCCGACAGAGGAGCAAAACACGCAUGGCUUUUGUCAUAACAUGUGCAGCCUUUUUCCUUUGUCUCCAUGCUCGACUCCCCCCUCACAUCCCUGCUACUCCCCUUCCUGUAUUCUGUUGUGGCCGCAACACACAAACACGUGACAGCGUCGCCUUUUCUUACCUAACAACACCACUCUGCUUUUAACUUCUGCCAAACACGUACACAAACACUGUCUGUUUUCUCUCUUCAUUAACCCCGGGGGACUCGUUUUAUUGACAACUGUACAUGACCUGCUGUCAGAGUUCAAUCCUGGAAAACUCAUCUUUGGGUGGGCCACAUCUGAUGUCUGAAACAAAGUUUGUCUCAGGCUGUAUGUUGGCACAGCUUUUUGUGUUAUGGAGUUAAGUUAGGGCUGCACGAUUAAUCGAUUUUAAAUCGUAAUCAGAUUAUUUGAUUAUGAUCAUGUCUCACGCCUCCAGGACAACAAAGGCUCCCCCUUCCUGUGGGAGCGCUCCCCGGUUGCCACACACUCCAGUAUAAACAAACAUGGCUUUUUGCAAAAGAAGGCGAUAAUUCUGUGGCUAAAGAGAGCAAGAACAAGUCAGUCAUAUGGAAUUGGUACGGUUUUGCAGUUUCAGGCGAAAAGCAAACUAGUCCCUGCUGCAAAGUCUGUCUGAAGGCGGUAUUGAUUCGUCCACACAUCCCUGGCCUGAAACAAAUUCAGGAGUAAACACUAAAGUUUUUGUCGACAUUUCAUCCACACGGAAACGGCAUUUCUGGUGACUGUAAACAGUACUUUUGAAAAAUGAUACAAGAGUGCAUAAAUCUGUAAACGAAUACCAUUUCAACUCGCUGUGGCUGCCUAUCUGCAUUAUGUGACACACAGCGUAACUCUUUUGUGAUGCCUGCACGUGUCUGGCUCAAACAACCUUUUUAUGCAUACCCCGUAGUCUUCUUCUGUAUUUGGUGCAUUUCCUGUGCAGCGUUACAGCGCCACUUACUGGCUUGGCAUAUGCACUACAUUGUUUUUAGAGGUUUUGUUUUGAGAGAUGAUAGAAAAACUUAAAGUGAAGUUUGGUGAAGUUGUCACUGAAUAAAAAAUCUAAAUGGAAAUCUAAAAUCGAGCUUUCAGAGAAAAAAAAAAGGGAUUUUAUUUUUUUGCCAGAAUCGUGCAGCCCAAGGUUAAGUGUGUACUAACAAUCAGGACUGUUGCAUUGUUGUUUUUGCUCUGGGUGGAAUACUUAAGGAGGCGGUGCUGGUUGUAAUGCCUGCAUUGCUGCCUCAGAGAGAGCAAACUUCCACACUUGAAAGGAGCUGCUCCACAAGGGCACAAACACACGCACACACAAAUUACUGAAGAUCAAACUCAAACUCCUGUUUCCCAUGAUCUUGAUUGUUUCUUUAUCUGCCAGCCUGCGUCAGUCACAUGCUUUCCUUCACCUCUUUCUUUGCCCAAACCUGGGUGCGACCACUUCCCCAGCCUCUGUCUCCUCACUGUGUUAAUCAAACUCACACAAUGGAGCAGAGUUUCCUCCGUUAUCAGAUGACGGCGAGAUCUCGUCUAGUCAUCAGGAGGUUAAUUUAUUUCCCUCCUGGUUUCUCUUUCUUGCUGUUACUGUUUGGGUUUUUGGUAAACUUUCAACUUUUUGGGAACAAGCUUUUAUCUUCCUAACUUUUUAUCCAGUCAUUUCCUGUUUUUGCACGUUGUUUUCCACAUCCCUGAGUCAUCACUAUUCAAAUGUACCAGAAUGAGACUCUUUGAAUAUCUUUGGUUUGUGUUAGUGCCCCUUGUGGACAAAGAUAUACCUGUUAUGUUGUUGCUUACCUUGUUUUCUACAUGCAUGGGUUAUCGUUUUGAUCAACCUAGAGUCAAAAAUAUCAUUUUAUGCAAACUGUUACAUUGGUAAAACACAGAAAACCACACUUGUAGGCUGUUAAUCUCUAUAUGUGUCGAGGAAUUAAAAACAUGUAUAAAGACAGACUCGGUCAUCUUGCUGUUUGUCUGGUUUGUUUUCAUGAAGACACAACAGCUUGAAUUUCAGUCAUCCGCAAAAGCUCACAGGAGUUUUCAGAUAACUUGUGUCAGUGUUUAUUGUUUUAAUUUCUAAUCAAACAGCUUGUGAGCUCUAGUACUUCCAGAGAACAUGUGUCAGCAGUACUAAUAAGGCUUUUAAACUCAUUAUUAUGUGCGUAUGUGGUCGGCACGGGCUGUUUGUACCCUCCUCUGAAAAUGUCCUUGUUCUUUCUCAGUUUUAGUUUGUGUGUGUGUGUGUGAUAAGCGCAGCAGCAGAUGUGAGUUGGCUGGUCUUGAAAGCUAAACUCUCAGAGACUUUGUGCUCCUGUGACGUCUUUAGUGAUGCUCUCCAGAGAUAACAGCUACUGUGAGUCACUCUCAGUGAUGAAGGACGUGUGAUUUUCUCACACUCACAUCUGUGUCAGCCUUGAAAUAGUCUAAAGGCUAACACAGACCUGCUCUCCUUAUUUACCAGACUAUUGAGUAGUUUAAUGUUGCACUAUUUCACGACCGCACGAUAGCAAUACACAGCAGUCCAUCACUCCACGCACAGACUUCAACCAAAAAGGUCCCAGCCACAAUACUCACCCACUCUUCUCCAGCAGCUGCUUGUUUGUGGGGGCGGAUCAUUUCCAUAAAGUAAUAAUCAUCAUAAUAAUCAUUUUGCACUGCAAAUGUGGUAGUUCUGCUACCUUAGAGUCUCAGUCUGAUUGCAUUUCCAUGAGGUAAUAAUUACAGAUGUUCUUCCUUGAGCUGCAAAACUCCGCUGCACUCAGUGAUCGACUCGUCAGGGCUCCCCCACAAACAAGCGGCUGCUGGAGGAGAGUGGGUGAGUUGUGUUUGGUCUCUUUGCCAAAGAAAUUAGGCAAAGCUAAAAAGAUGUUUGAUGUCCAGUAUUGUGGCUGAGACCUUUUUGGUUGAGGUCUGCGUGGGGAGCGAUAGACCACUAUGUAUUGAUAUCAUGCGGUCAUUAAUAAAGUUGGUAUAACUAGAAGCAAGUAGUUGGUAACAUUCAUAUCUCGAGGGGGUGUCUGACUUAGUGUAAUGGUGUGUUUGACCCUAACUUAAUUUUACGCCGGAAUAUCCCUUUAAGCUUGACUGUUAGAUCAAACUCUGAGCUUGUCAGAGAUAUGUGCUUUUUGACCCCUGCUUUGUCACUGUCAAGUUUAGUUUCUUGUUAUUUUCCGUUGGUCAGUUUGGGGUCAAAUUGCCAAUUGCUUUGUUAAACAUGUACCAUAAGUCUAAUACGGAAGAGUGAAAGAAGUUAUAAGAUAACAAUCAAACAUGUACAGAAGUUGUACUAACUGAAGGAAAUGUAUUUUUUCUAGCAGAUGCAAAAAGUUUGAUUUUGAAGAAUAAAUGAAACAGCCCAUGAAACUACAGCAGGAGAAACUCGUACAGCAUGUUUACUUUGAUUCAGGAGUUCCAGCCUAGCCUGUUUUGACCCGGCCUGCUAGAGCAUGUUCUCAGGGGUCAAAGGGCAAAAACAAAAUAACAAAUCAAACACGAGGUUGCUCUCUGCUCUCAUGCCAGCCCAUCUGAUGGAGCACUUCUGUCCGCUGACGCAGGAAACAGCGACCUUUCUCUUGGGAAACAGGUCCUCCAAACCUCUCCUUUCAUCCCUCAACUCUGUUUGUUAUUGUUUGUAUCUCCCAGGCGGAGAGAAUGAGGACUGCCUGACCACCUUAUGUAAUCUACCUGGAAACAGGCGUGCGUUGAAAAGUAGACUAAUGUGAUUUGACUUGUGCUCUCAAAGCAGCAUGUUGAUCCCAUCAUUUCUGACGACCCGCUGGCUUCUUUGAUCUUGAUCCAAGUUGGCUGAUGCUGCGACAUACCUGCCCUUAUGUAAUAAAGAUUUUAAAGAUUCUUCACAUACUGUAGGUGCCUCAUCCCAUUGAUCAUGCUCUGCUGGAGUCAGACGGCGAAAUGUGGAACAUGUCGACACAGUCACUCAACCAGAGAUGAAAUACGUCUGCUCCACAUCAAUCAGCCUCUCAUUGUCAGACAGAGCGCAGCUUGAUUUGGCACUUAUCGCUCCACUCUGGAGCAUUUUUUUACAUUUGUAUCUGUGUUCAUGUGUGUGUGUAUUUCUGGGAGGGACUAUUUGUUACACUCACAUUGCCCUCAUUAGGAAAUCUGUGACUAAAUGGCCUCACUUAGGAGUUAAUGAGCUGGAUCAAGGUUGGCAUGCAAAGCCUGGGAGCAGAAAAUGGAGCCACCCAUACUGUGACUAUGAACCACACACUCGCCUCUCUCUGUAUGUCUGCUUCUUUUGCUCUAAAAUCAACUCAGCAAUACUCUCUAAAGUGCUGCCACUCUUCUGUAAUUUCUCAUCCUCUGCUGAUUUACAGCUGCCAUACUUGGAUCCCCAAUUUAGUGCCUCUUCCUUUUAGGUAAACCCAGAUAUCGAAACAGGCUUUGCUUUAUGUUUUUUUGUAAGUGUUUUUCUUUUCUUUGGCGCAUUUAAAGAGAGGUCUGUUCACCUCUAAGCCCCUCUACAAACACGGGCGCUACUCCAACUCUUUUUUCCCGCCACCUCCGCUGAGAUUUCUCCAUCUUUCCCCAUAUUCCAUGGCGGUCUUUCUCCUCUAUCCAGCCCCUUCCACCUCUUACACACACACACACAGACUGCCUCUUGUGCUCCUGAGCAAACAGUGGCAGAUGUGUGACCGCAGCCGUCCGUGCGCCUCCUCUUUACGUCACAAACUCCUGUCUUCUUGACCUCUCUUCCCUCUGUAGGUUCACUGAAAACUGCUUCACUGCAGCUGUGUGUUUGUUUGGAUUUUUUCGCACACCAGUAGUGGAAAGUCACUUGUGUAGUUUUACACUCUUUAAAAGGAUGCAGGCGUCCAAGGCGUCAGCGUGGUGUAGAUUCAGUUUCAAGUGUCUCACACACACAUACAGUGUCCACACCCUUGUUAUAAAACCAGGAAUGGAAACUCAGAGUAGCUGUUAGGUUGUGUAAGUUUUACACAAAGUCUGCACUUUGAGGUCUUUCCUGAGGGUUGUUUCUGAUCGUGGUGAUGUAGCCCCCCUGCACUCUCAGAUUUCUUCACCCUGAAGCACAAAGAAACCAGCUUUGUCUGCUCCAUAGGUGUGGACUCACCUGGUUUGAAAAAUGAGCACAUGUAGGUUUUAUUCCAGCAGGUGGCAGUGUUGUUCUCACACCUGAGCUGCUCCUGGUGCGAGUAGCUCACAUGCCCCACCAGCCUGCACACUGCUGUGUUACGUCGGAGCAGUAAUCUGAAGGUGAUGUUUGGGUUUGGUUCAGAAAUGUUCAGUAUUUUAUCUGCAGCUGGGAGAUCAGCAAGGUUAGAGAAUGUGUAGGUGUGCGAGUAUUUGUGUGUGUGUGUGUGUUUCUGAGCAUCAGUGCCAAGGUUAUCAUAACUCUCCCUGGAAAGCUGCAUUCUUUCUCCUGUUUUGAAGUUUAUUACAGUUCUGGGAAGACGAACAGCCUGCAGGAACUUUUUGUUUCCUCCAGAGAAGCACAAAGCACAACACAUGCACACAUUCAAAACAUCUAAAUGAGGAUUAAUAACUCCUGCAUGAUGAGAAACAGCACUUCUAAUUUUCUCACUGUAGAGCCAACUCUGACAAGAAGUCUUAUACAUGCUGAUGGAGAUCUAGGUUCAGAUUUUCUGCAUCAGGUAGAAGAUAAGUACUGCACUGCUACAAAAAAAGAUGAUUUAAAAUAUGUAAACAGAUGCUGUGAUUGAAAUACGGUUACUUUUAGUGGAUAUGAUCAUUUCAUAUUUUUGAGUUCUUUGAAGUUCCUAAAUGAUAAUAAAUAAAGCACAGGCAUGUUUCAGGAGCCAGCCUAGAGUAAUGUGAGAACCUGUUAGUGAUAACAACAGCAGAGAGAUGACAUAGAACAGGGGUGGGCAAUUAAUUUUUACAUGGGGCCACAUGAGAAACCUGAACUCCAACAAAAACUUCAACUUCAAAUCAGGGGGGUUCACACAUACAGAAAAGUAAGCCCAAAUAAGCAACUACUCGUCAAAAACAUGCCCAAAAAAAGAGCACCCGCAACUCACAAGUUUUACUAGCGACUUCUUAGAGAAAGAAGCUUAAAGUCGUUGAUGAUAAGCGGACUUAGCAACUAAAAGGCGUCAACGUAUAUUUUGCCAAUGUUUAAACUUGUCUAUGUUCACGAAUGCAGAUCUAGGAUGUACACACGUGCGUCCAAACGGAAAUAAAACAACGGCUAGGUUUUCAAAAUAAAAAAACACACUUGUAUAGCAUUUUAAUGAUUUGAUUGGCGGACCUCACAAAGAAGUUAUCGUCCAUUUGUCGUUAUCGAGGUGAACUGCUCAAUAUAUUGUGAUAUUGAUUUGAGGCCAUAUCGCCCAGCCCUAAUAGAGUAUUGCUGAUUGAGGAAAGAAUGAGGGAGUAGAAAAUGAAAUGAUACUAAACUGUUUUUACAUUAAUUGACUCAUGACAUAUUUAAAUGACAGUGAUGUGUGACUUUUGUCGUUCUCUAAACCAAUGAAGAGAAUUUUCACAUUUAAAAGUACAAAAAAGACUUUAUUUUAUUUUAUCUUGAUAAGAAAACCUGCACCAAGUAUGAUCUGAAUGUGUCACUCAGCCAUAUUGUCAUUCUGUCACCAUUAAAGAAGCGGCCCUGCUAGAGGCCAUUGUAAUUGCACAGAGAGCACUCCCUUUCCCACACUCUUGCCUCUGUCUCUCAGUCCCUUUGGUCAUGUGAUCCUUGUCUCGUGACGCUUGAUGGAGUGACUGUCGCGGACCCGCAGCCAUUAGCAAGACAGAGAGCCUCAUUACCUCCUCUACCUGAGGACAAAUAGUCACAUUCUCAUCGAGUUGUGAACACCUGUGAUGCAGCAGCAGGAUGUCACGUGUGAUCCCACAGGUCAUACACCUCACCUGUUUGCUCGCCUCCUUCACUUCCCCCUGACCCUCAUGUCCCCUCUGUCAGGUCCUGAGCCGUUAUUUUUGACUGACCUUGCACCUGAGCCCCGGGGCUUCAGUGUGCGCGCCCUGGUGGGUGUAUGAUUUUUUUACAUUUGACAAACAGGUGUUGUUGCUGCGCAGGUGGUGUAUUAUGGGAUGGAUGCAGACUCUCCCCCUGCUAAGGAAUGUAAGGAGGAGUGCAGGGAGCGGAGAAGACAUGCUGUGACAACCUUCCACUCUGCUCUCCUCUCAUCCAAACUUCAGUUUUUACUCUUAACCUCUUCUCUCUUUCUCUCCUAUUUUUACGUUCCUGCUUCUCUGUUUCCUCCCCUUCAGUUAACCCUAACUUCUCUUUGAGGAUUAGCUCUCUUCCCCCUCUUCUUGUUUUAUCAGCUUCUGGAUGUUUCAUGCUAAUAUUUUCUUUUAUUUUGGCAGUUUCCAAAGAGAUGGAGAUCUGUAAACAACACAAGUCUGUGAUUUCUCAUCUUUUGUCAUCCUUCUUGCUAAAUCCCUCUCUUCUCUCAGUCAUGCAGGAUUCCCAAUAUGGCGUCCUGUCCGUCAAACAAACUCGGCUUCUCUUUUGUCUGGAGCAACCACACAGCAAGAAAAUAUGCAGAGGCACUUUUCUAACAUGCCUAAGUUAAUUUGGGUUACGCACACAGUCAGGGCAGCAGAGUCUCAUUUUGUGUCAUUGCUGCUGUGAAACAGAGCAUAAAGUCACACCCUUUUUAUGUUUGCUCAUGAAGUGCAAAUGUCUACCUCCCAAACAAGAUAAGUCAAGUCAAACCAAACAGAAAAAUGCACCUUGUAGACUCAGCUCUUGACCCUCCUUCUCGCUCGCUCUCCGUGUGUUUCUCUUCUUUUUCUUCGACUCUCCUCUUCGCUUCUUUGUUUAAGCCAGGCUGUGUGUGCACAGAGCGGUGGCAUGUCUGUGCAUGCAGCCCUUCCCUGUCAGGAAUGUGGUGCAAAGGAGACAUGAAGCCAGGAAGGAAAAGAGAGCGCAUGUAGCAAAAAAAGAGAGGGUGAGGACUUCAAGGCCUUAAAGGUGGAAAGGAGAGAGAAAGGUCUGAGAAAAGUGGAUGAAAACAGAGCUGAUGGAGGCGAUAAUGGCGAAAACCUUUGAGUGACAAGACAGUGGAGAUUCCUGCUUUUUUUGUCCAAUCUGAUGAUGCAGAUUGUGAUUAAUCUUUUGACACAGGUAUACAGAUUAAGGAGUGACUUUUGUUCACAUUAAAGCCGUCCCCACACAAGAACUACUCUCUUUCGUAGAUUUACGAAGGUUGGAAUUGCAGGUUGGGUUGUCGGGUUCAGUGUGCAGAGUCUCUCCUGGCCCUACUGACCUUUAUCCGUGCCUAUAGAAACCCCUCCUGGUACAAAGACCUUCAGUCUGAGCUGUUUUCACUGGCUAAGACCUUACCUAAACAUACUUCUCCACUCCCACAACGCAUUGCAAACAGAAGGUCCUACACAGCAACUUGGACCUGCUCUAAAUUUUGUUCAUUCAUUUUUAGUUUUAACAGGAUUCGGCGCCCGACAUGUCUGUCAAUUUUGAUCUCAGCUCUGAUUGGCCAGGGAUCUGCUUUCACAGGGCCAGGGCUGAGCUGUUGCCAGGCCCCAAAGCGCAUCUGCUGAGUUUGUGACUCAUCUGCCGCUGGCCUGGAAUCAGUGUUUUCUUUGUCUCAAAUAGGUGGAAUGUCCACCGACUCUCAGACCCAACCUGUCAGGCCAGCUAUCCUCCUCUUUUGUCAGCAGUGAGGAGAGCGAACAUGCCAGCACACUUUGUCCAAAAUCUCCUACUCAGGAUUUUUUUGUGUACGCUAGUGUCCUAACAGUAUAUCAGGCCAUGCUUUAAACUUGCUCUUUAACAUACCAACAUAUAUCAGUUGUCACAGGACUGCCUCCUAUCUGGUGGGUCAUUACGUCAAUACAGCGAUGGUUUGAAUAACUCACAUUUUUCUCUGGUGUUGUCUUCUUUUCCACCCUCUAAUCUUUCACUCUGAUCAGUUUUGCUGCUAUCAGACCUAUUGUUAUUUCUUUGUUGUUCAGAUUAGCACAUCCAUGUGUCAGACAUUCACCACUGAUGUCACUGUCUUUCCAUGAAGUGCCUUUAUUUCUACACCUCCUCCUUUUUUUUAUCAGUCAACAGAGCGGCUAGUAUUCAAAUUAGAUCCGGGUCUGUGUUUUCUGUGUCUCCUGGGUGGUUGCCCUUUCUUGAGGUUAGUUCACUCAAAGCAGCUAUUAAAAAACCUCACCCAGGGGACUUAUAUGACAUGGAAUAUCUCAUUUAUUACCUCCGCCAAGGAGGUUGUUUUCAGUAGCGUUGGUUUGUUUGUUUGUUGGUUUGUUUAACUGUUAGCAACUUUACGGAGAAAGUUUCAGAUGGAUUGACCUGAAAUUUUCACCAGAGGUGCGUCUCAGCCCCUGGAGGAUCCCAUUCAAUUUUGGUGGUGAUCCGGAUCGCCUUCUGGAUCCAGGAAUUUUUUGAAGGAUUCUUUAUCAUUGUGAGAUAGGGCAAAUUUUGGAAUUUUUGCAUUUAACUCUAUAAAAAUGGCCAGAGUCUUUAGUAAAAAAUGACACAAAAGGAUCUCAAUGUGUUUUAUGAGGUGUCAAAGGUUGAUCCUGAUCCAGACAAAAUUCCGGAUACUGUGAUCCAGAACACACAAAAAUAAGGGUGUUGUUGGAAUUUUCAAUGCUGAAAGAUAACCAAUGGGCGGCAGAGUGGUGUAGAUGGGCGGCACAGUGGUGUAGUGGUUAGCACUGUCGCCUCACAGCAAGAAGGUCCUGAACAGUGAACAUACCAGUUUAAACACAAAUAAACGUUAAUAAAAGACACGUAACAGUAAAAGUUUUGGUGUGAAUCACAAUAUAAGGGGGGACAUGAGCUGCUUGGCGGAGGUCUGCGCUCUCCGAGUGCUUUUCUAGUUGUUACUCGUUUUAUUUAAUCACAUCUUGUGUAUCCUAAAGUUCAGUGGAGAAGUUCUUAUGUAACUCUUUAAAUUGUAACCACAAGCAUUCCUCCCCCACACAUGGAUGAAUCAAAGUUGGCUGUUUGGAUAUACGUAGUACCAGAUGCAUCAACAUCUGGUUCUGUGGGGGCAGGUGGUGGAUGAGCGGUGCUGUGUCUUGUCUGUUCAGAGGAAAGGAAGGUGGCUGUGACGUGAGCAGAGAAGAAAGAGUAAACUUCAGUCCCCCCAGACAAAGGAAUGCAGCCGUUGCUUUCCAUCCACGUCAGACAUUGCGUAAGAGGGUCCAUCUCAUGCUCCUCGUCGACACCGACUCCUUCUCCAUCUGCUGUGUCAAGCGUCGGCUUAAACCACAGGUGUGACUACAUAUUACAUGUUUAACCAAAGAAAAGGCCAUGUUGAGUCAAAAAGCCUGCCGCUCUUUAGCUUUCACACCUGAUUCAUUAAGGCACAUUAUCCACUCAGACCCUGCUGUGAAUGCAGAGGUCCCGGCCCCUGCUAAGCAUCAGUGGUCUUGAAUGGAUGUCUUCUAUUUUCAGUGACUGUGCAGAUCCAAUAGUAACAGGCAAAUUCAUGGAAAGUUCCCUGAGCACAAGAUUUCCAUUACAGCAGCAAACUGCUUUUUCUCUGGCGGUCACAAGUGGCACUCAGGCCUCCUCGUAUCAGCCGUAACAACAAUCUUACACUUGAAAAGAAAACCAAGAGCUCUUUGUGAGACACAGAAGCUCGUUUUUCACACACUACUCAAAGAAUGAUCAACUUGAUUACCCACGAAAACGUCUUUUAUCAUUCAGGAAAGAAACCAGUUUUCUUGAAUACAUAAAAAAUGUAACAAAUAAAAACAUUCAUGAACUUUUUCUUGUGAAUUAAACGGUCCAGACAGGAAAAAAAAAACAAAAUUAGCAGUUAAGGUUCCAAUUUAGCCAGAAAUGUCAUGAUUUGUCUGUCUACAUCUCCACCCCACCCCCUCCCCACCACCAUAAACCACUCUCACACCUGGUCACAGGUCUCCUUGUCAGCUCACUCACUCACCUGCUCACACGGUCUCUGAUUAAGCCUCUCACUCAUUUUAUGCACACACACUCACUCACACAUUUUAUCACACACUCUCUCACACACACAUGUGGCAUGUUCCCCUCCCCUCCCCUCUCCCUCUGUGCACUGUUCUCUGUUUUCUUUACUGGCCGGGCAGGCUGAUGCUAUUUUUAGCACAGAGGGAAAAGUCUGCGCCCUGUUCUGUCUCCCUACCACCACCACCACCACCUCUGCUCCUCACUCCUCCUCACCACAGCAGGAGCAACUCAUCGGGCCCCUGACUCAACCCAAAUGCAGCCAGCAAACCUCAGCCCUUUGUGCUCUCUAGGCCAAUAAGAGUUUUAAAAUGUGUGAUAUAAAACUGACACUUUAUAAACACAUGACAAGAAACUUAUAAUACUGUAUUUUACUGUAUUUUCAUUUAGAUUUUAAAUGAGAACAAACCUCAAGUUACAAAAACCAUGACACACAGGAGAAGAUUAAGAUAAUCAUUUGUGCCUGUCCGUAUGACACGACGACUUCUUCUCCUCUAUGCCCCUUGUUCUUCUGUUUUUUUUUUUCAACCAGCCUACCCACAAUAAAUCAAUGCUGCUAAACUUCCAGGUCUGAUUUGCACAAUUUCGCUCCCAGAUGAAUUGACAUGUAAUUAUAAACUCUUGUUUCGGUCAGACUAACCCUCAAGAUCGAUCAUUUGAGCAGCAACUUAGCGUACUGGUUGACUAUCAUAGUCUAGCUUGAUAAGAUAUGACUUUAUCAUUUACAUUUAAAUCUAAAAAAAUGAAAUAUUUAAAAUUACAAUGCAACCCGUAGAUAUCUAAAGAACAUUUAAACUAAAGAAGAACCAACGCCAGAUUUCUCCUCGGACCGUCAGCAACAGCGAUUCCGGUAUAAAUUUGUCCCUUAACGAUCCAACUGAAUCUCAUAUUUUUAUCACAUUGAGGCUUUUAAAGUUUGUGGAAACGUGGCGCCUCAAAAGAUCUAACAGUCCAGUAAAUAAGCCCCACUGGCCCGUUUGCAGACACACAUCUUAAUACAUACAAAUUAUACACUCACUCACUAACACACACAUACACAGGAGUCCUCCUAUACACCACCCUCUCAAUCUCUUUUAUCUUCUUCGGCCGGCUACUUGCACCCACUCUCGCACAAGGAGUGCACAUAACUCUGCAGAUCCUUCAGAUUAGUUUGUCUUUGUAUGUGGCCAUGCCGCAGCCCCCAGCUGCUCAAGUGUUUCUCACAUCUGCAGCUCCAACGUGGCCCCACUAGUUCUGUCUGAGGAGACAAAGAGGAAAGAGACAGACUUGAAGUGAGGGGGAGACAAUGAGAGGGAGAGGAGAGAAAAAGAAAAAAAACUAGGCAAGGAGGAGAAAUGUGUGAAGAGAGAGAAUAAGAGAGGAUGUUUGUUUGGUGGGAAUGAUUAAAGGGAAGAAGAGCGAGGAAAUGAUAGUUCUGUAACACAAGUUGUAAUCUUCUCAUGAGCAGCUUCACUCCCAAUAGGAAGUGUUCAUUUCCUCUGGUUCAUCUUUAAGUACUUAGAUGUUGUUGCCACAGCUUGAAAUCAUUUCCAUAAUAUGAAACUUUGAAAACUACCGGAACCAGUGGGGGGUUCAGUUAAAGAUUCAUCUGCGAGUAUGUAGAUAUUAAGUCAAAUUCCCUUUGAAGCCAUAUGACUGAAUACACAGCACUGCAGGAGAGAGAGCAUUACAUUCUCUAAAUACAACAAACCAUAUCUCCAAAUGACUUUUAAUGUUUGGCACUCACAGAUUUCUCUUCUUCUUGCCAAAGCCAGUGCAUUUGGUGGCUAAACCCUUUCAAAGCAGAAGAAAAUGCAGUUUCAGGUCAUAAAUCUGACACAGAAUUUAUGGUAAUGCUGAAACCUAAGCUGCAACAAGCUUAUGUCAGUGUACUAGCGUGUUUCAGGCCAGCAUUCUUUCACCAUUCAUUGUGAACAUUGUUUUUACUGGGAAUUAUCGAGCCCAUUUUCUUUUAAACCAAUUUAGGCACUAAUUAAAACCCAUUUUGAAGAGGUAAUUACACAAAAGUUUAAGUAUGUGCUGCUCUUCAACGAGGCUUUAGUAACUCUUAAUAGUAGAGCUGCUUCUAACAUUAGCUUACAGGUAGACAAAAGAUGAAAUGGUGUGGCUGAAGACAAUGGGGAUAUAACCUGAAACAAUAUGAAGUUCUCUGGAAGUGUUUUGGCAGCCAGACGCUGCCUUGCAGGAAAAACAUGCAUUUGAUUAAGACUUGUGUGGUAGUUUAUUUUGGCAGCUUUCUAAUAAAAAGUGCAAUCCAACUAAAACAGAUGAAAACUGGGUCGGUUGCAGUUUUUCGAACAGUUCUUCAGGAGAAGACCUACCCCACAGACAUAGACAGAAACCUGUAGAAACCUAUGACUCUGCCUUUGGCUCUCAAACAGGCUUUGUUUGAUUCCCUCACUGGUUCCUCAGCUCUGACGUGUUCGAACACGCCUGACUGCUGCCAGCCUGCUGUAGUUAGACUCCAGGUGAAGUUCACAAUCAACAUGAGGAAUGUUGCUCCACAGUCUCUGCAGCAAGUUUAGUGAAUCCUGCUGCUUUUGUCAAACCACAAAGUCACACACUGAGUCAGUACGCUGCAGUGUAGUAGUGAGCAUGCUGAAACUCUCUAAAGUUAGCUUUCGAGCCUAAUAUGAGAUACACCCUACAUUUGUAUUCCUUCUUCAAUCUAAUUUUUUUUAAUCUACUUGCAAUUGAUAUUUUUCAGAAAAAUCCAUAUCAGUUAGGCCCUAACAUAUUGUUGUUAAAAGACUCACCUUACAUCUUGCCAGGGAGCUUAACUCAUCAGAACUUUAGUAAACACGUUAGUUUAAUACAAUUCAGUGAUAAUAUUUUCCAAAUUAUUUUCCACAAAUAAUUCCACAUGAUGAUAGACUUUCGUAUUUUUAUCCUGUUUUUGUCAUUAAAAAAGGUCUUUCCUGUGUAAACCUGUUCAAUUACAAAAGGCACAUAAACUGUAGCAACACCUUUUCCUUUUAUUGUAGCCCUCAGUUAUGAGCUGGCCACCUGUUGUUACAUUGCAACUACACUUCAGGGAGACGUCUAAACCACGUCCACAUGGGCAGACUUUGACGUCAGUACGCCCCGCCUACGUAGGACCUGUUUCCUCCGCUGAUUGGACGCGAUCAGACGGAGGAGGACGGCCCACUAAAAAAAGUCCACAGCAAGUUUUUCUUUUGGCCGUGCAGUAGUCAGGAGGGACAGAGAAAGACUCAAACUUAAGAACUUACCACAGUGAAGAAGACACCUGAACAAACUGACGAGGACAUAUUCUGACUUCAUAUCUUCAUGUGUUAAACUAUGGUCGGAGAUUAUUGCUCCUUUUCUGGAGAUAAGACGGACAUGCACUCUCAGAAAAAUACCAAAAACGGACUAAGUUGCAAAAUGGUGCUGCAGGCAGUAGGAAAAGUACUCAGGUAAAACGUGCUGACUUUACAUUGACCAUAACUUCUCUGUAUUUAACUUUUAAGUCGACUUUUUAGUGUUAAUGGAACAUUUAAAGUACAGUCGAGUUAAUGAAGUUAACCAUAGUUUAUGUCUUCCGUCUUGCUGCUAUCUCCGCAGUGUUAAAUCAUCUGGUUAACUACAUAUUUCUCCUUCAUGUGCAGUUUGUUUUCUGUCGACAUUUCCCGGUCUUACCUCUUAUCACAAUGUAAUAAAUGUCGUGUGACUUAUAAACUGAAAGCCACGUCGUUCUCACAGGCCUAACGUUGCGUAAAACAUCAAGGAAAAAGUCAUUAAUAGUCGACUUUUAAACUUUGUUCUGUGAAAUUUCCCCGUAUCGUGGUGGGAAAGACAUUAAUAGUCUUUAUUCAGCGGUAAUUACAGCUGUGUUGAGACCCUCAGGUUCCGGAGUCACUGUAAUUCACAUGCUGGUGGUGAUAGAGAGGACGUGUAUGUACCCUGAACGCCUCAUUCCUCCUCCUGCUGCUGCUGCUCUCACUAACAAGACUCAACAGGAGCCGCAGAAAUGUGACACUGUCUUCUCAGUCUAAUACAUUAUUUAGGCCUUGUGUAAACAAUUUAGUCAAGACAACUGGAAGAGGAAAUUCUUUCAAAUCAGAAAACUUUUUUUGUUUGAAAUAAAGUUUUAAAAAAGCACCCCAGGCUGAAGGGUGAGUAUAGUUUGUAUGCCCUUAAAUCACACCCUGAACAUCUUAUUUUUAGAGAGGGUGCAGCAUAAUCUGAAAACACAGUCAAAUAAAAGCAUAUUAUUUAGAGCUAUAAAUGUCUACACCAAUUGGCGCUUUAUAAAUAACUGCUAUUGCAAGUACAUGUAUCUCAUUGUCUAGUUUUUGCUAUUUUACUGCUAGUUUAGUGUUAUUGUUGAAGCAUUUUGAACCAUUACUAAGGUACAAAGGCACUCUUAUAAGUCGUUUUAUCGUAUUCCUAAAGCCUAAUAAUGUAAGUGAGAAGACGUACGUUUUUAAAGAAUGUUUGACCCAAAUAAGAUUGUCAACAGCGUGCUUCUGUGUCAUACGACGCGACUCAAUAAACAAAGUCAGUCAGGAUUAAGUCCCAUGGAGAAUCGUCGCUAUUCAAGAGAACAUACCCAUGUCGCAGCGAUGAAGAACAAGGCAAACGUUUACAUAUAUUUGCUCAAGUCUCUGUCAUGUGUUUGGGACAUGCAGUCAUUAUGAGUGUGUUCUUCCAGGGGACAGCUCGGCCCGUUGAUGCUUUAGUCAAGUUUCCUCUUACCUUUCAAGUCUGGGGACAGGUGUGUUUCCACACAGUAGCCCUGAAGGGCACAUGCCUCUAAAUCUGUUGGUGUCUGUAAAGAUGUGGAGGCUGAUAUCGAGGAGAAAAAAAGCCAACAGUUUCUCUUAACUGAUUAUAAGCAGGAUGUAAUGGACCCAGCAGUGAGUGUUAUGUACAGUAUGUUGUUUUGUCUGUUGCAAGACCUGUGACAAGUAGAGACAAGUUCUGCUGCACCUCUUUCGCUUUAAAGUCAACUGCCUUCUUUAGAAAUCAGCCACUUAGAUGGAAAAACACCUUUUUUUACAUCAUCUUGCAGGGAAGGACAAGAAGGGGGUUUCCAUAAAUGUAAUGUUUAGAGGAAAUAUUAAACGAAAACACUUCAUCAAAGUUAACAAGGAUGCAUAGUUUGGAGUUUUAUGAGAGGGUUGGGGGCACUUUAGAUCUGUUUAUAGCUCUACUGUUAACCAGAUUCUUCCUUCAGUGAAUGGUUGGAUGCUCCCGGCAAGGAUGCAGCUUUAAAUCUGGCACAAAAAAAAAAAAACAGCCUUUAACAAUUCCUCAUCUCUUGAAUAAAAGAAGUAACCUGGUAGUUUUAGUCUCACCUCGAGUAAUUUGACAAAAUCAAUGCUCCCUUCACAAAAGCACCCCCUUCUUCUUUGAUUCAGUAGCCUUUCAGAUAACAUUUGCCAAGAGCUCGUUCUUAUCUCAAGCAGAACCCCCUCUUUCCUCUCACACACGUGCGUUGUGAUGUUGAUGAGGCUCCAUUAGACCGCUGGCAGGGGGUCCUUACAUACUCUGCAGGCCUGAGAGCCACUGAAUGGGACUCAGCACAGGAUGAGCAGAGGAAGAGGACCCGGCCAGGACUGUGCUGUGUUUUGCACAUGUUUAGGCCUGCAUCCAGGCUACGAUCCUCAUUUACUGAUUUACAGCGCUGCUGACGCCCCCGGUGAUGCUCCUGAUUAAGAGGUGGCAGCUGUGUCUUCUUUGUUUUGAUUUCCGUCUUAUCUCUUCUCUCCAGUGCUAAAACUAAAAAAAAAACAGAUGUGUCUGUGCUCUUUUUUUUUUUUUUAUAAAGGUCACAGAAACUUCAGGAGCAGCUUUAACAGAACAUUGACUCUGUAGGUUUAAAGAGCUGCAAACUGAACCUCUGGUUUAUUCCUUCCUUAAAGCUCGCUCUUUUUAGCCCCAUGAUGGCUGCUGUGGUUAGGCUCUUGUGUGCUCAGGCUGCCUGCUCUCCUGUCUGAGGUUUUUCGGGGAAAGGAGCAGUUCAGUGUGUUCAAUUUAAAUCCUGAAAUAGAUCAGGAGGCCAAGCUGGGAGAAGAGCGAUCCUCCUGACUGAAGCUGCUCUCUUUUUUACGAAACGGUCGAGUUCAUUGACUCAAUCCAAGUCUUAUCAGAUCAGAUUGGAACCGUGUCCUGAUGCUCUUGAAGUUCGAUGCUGUUUUUUUUUUAACACAGUGAAUCCCACAAUCAGGUCACAAAGGCUGUUGCAACAUCCUGAUGUUUUUUUCUUUUUUUUGAUUGACUAUCUGACUUCAUCAGGCCUUUGUUUGACAGUUGAGUCUUGAGGAAGUGUUUGAUUUUUCUGUGACGAUGACCUUUGUGUCGUCUGUGAUGUUUGUUAUCUUUCUUUUAUAUCCUUAUCACUAACACCGCUGAAGAGUUUUGUAUUCGAGACACGUGAUCGCAAGAAAAGCACGUCUUUGCACCUUUGGAGUGCGUCUUCUGCCUGUCCCAGAAAGAUAACAUCCUUAAGAAAAUGUUCUGUCGUUCAGAUAUCUGCCCUUGUAUCUGCUGAAACUUCACUUCUUCCUCAGAAAAAGGUGGAAGACUUCUUUGCCGUCUCUGUCUCUGAGAGUUACACUCACUUUUCACCCUCGCAGAUCACAUUAACUGCAUCCAGAUGCCAAUAGUUAGAUUCCUCUGCUUUCCAGAGGGCCAAUUCAAGCAACAGUUGUGUAAUAUGGGGUUUGGCAGGAGCAGUCGGUUUGAAGGGAAAGUCAUUAUCUAUUGGUUUGUUGAACAGCUCGGAGUUAACUUGUAUUCCAUUGCAGAGAGCACCAAGAAAGCCCACGGUCCAAACCCUCAGGUUGCUAAGUCCCAGCAUGAGCAUGAGAGAUCAUCAAUGCAUGUUUGAGCGUUGACAACAAAUCCAUGAGAGGGGUUUUUAAGAGAGGGAGGGGGUUCUUAUGUAACAAACUGUAUUUUAGUGAGUGUUUCUGCAGCCUUAAGUGACUCAGGUUUAAUUUAAACCAGGUUCUGCUCAUGUUUUAAACCAGACAUGCAUGUGAACCGUCUGCUCACUAACAGCACAGCAGCUGAUAUGUGCACCAGGGUGAAGCCAAAGAGAAGCAUGUUUGACACACUUAAGUCAGGACUGAACCGUGUGGACACACAGGUGCUGUCACAAACACACACACACACACUCUCAGACCAGACAGCGCUCUCUUCUUCUUCUUCCUCUUCUUCUUCUUCGGGGUUUUCUCCAGCUCUCUUGUGGAUCAGACUCGUGACGCAGCUGUUGUGACCAGCUGGAUCGGUCAUGAAAAGGGAGAGUAGGCAGAGGGGUCUGUGUGUGUGUUGGAGAAGUCACAGGGGUGUAUGUCAGUGUGUGCUGUGUCAGCUGGGUGCUGGUGGUUGUGUACAGGAGGGAAGACGGUCGGUGAAGAUGGGCAGAGGGGGUGGGGGAGGUGCUGUUGCUUGGAAAAGUGAAAGGGAUAAGAUGGAGACGGAGUCGAACAGCUGUUGGGUCAGUCACUCCUCACCUCAGCGGCACUGACCUCCCUGUCACCCGACUAUACAACCCUGUUUCCUUAUUGUGUUUUAUUGCAGAUAAAGGCCAGCAUGUCUGACUUCCUGCUUCUCUUCUCACCCUCCACCUUUACUCUAAAGCAGUGGUUCUCAAAUCAGCACACCUGAUUCAAAUGAUCAGCUCGUUAUGAAGCCUUUACAGAGCUUGAUAACGAGCUGAUCAUUUGAAUCAGGUGUGUUGGAGCAGGGAAACAUCACUACUCUAAAGGUUCAUGGGUUUCAUGUGAUUUUCCCAUAGAUCUUGUAGAGUCCAGUUUUUCCACCAAAUCUGACGUGGUUUUCCGGAUUGUGAGCCUGUAUCUCACACUGGUUCAUACUCUGGUGCCAGGCAGGCUGCCCCCCCUCCUUCCCAGUAUGGAGACAUGUGCCUGACUCUGGCCUCAGAUCCCCUCCACUCCUGCCUUCUGGCCUGCCCUGAUCUGUCGCUGAUCUGGUGAGGAGAAAGAGGCAUCUGCUGCCUUUUAUGGCAACGACUAGCCUGGGAGAACUUUACCAAGAACAGACAAAGCUGUGAAUGUGUGAGUGUGUGUGUGUGGAGUGAAGACAGGCUAAGUACGUAAGAGGGGAGGAGCGCUGGCAUGGAGGAAGUUUUCUUUAUCCAAAAAUAAACUAAUGGCUCCAGAAUUUCACCUCCCUUACCACACGAAUGUUCACGAAAGGCGGAGGAGGCGUUUGUACGGAAAAUGAUGAAAUUACACAGAGAGAGGGAGAGAGAGAGAGAGGCAGGAAAUAGCUCCGAGAAACAGAAUGUUUUCAAAAGGAAAAGAGUAAGGGGAGGGUGGGCAGGAGAACCCAGUUGAACCUUUCACGGGAGCAGAACCUUUUUCUCCAGCUGGCUUAGCAAAGCCUUUGAAAAGUUGUGAGAGCUGACGGUAUCUGUGCAUGAAGCUCCAUCCUCGAGUAAAGCUCUUUCACAUGACUGAACAUGUAGCUGCUCACAGCACAAAAAACCACUCAGACCACAUGAAUCUGUCUCGACCCUCAUGAGCAGGAAGAAGAAGGUUUUUUUUCUUUUUGAGGGGGAGACGGAAGCAGACAGAGAUAAGAAAGGCAUGAGAAAGAGCUUGAAGUUUUUUGGGGGAAAAAAGAACAGUAAUUAAAAUGUGAGAGGUCGUGGAAUGAGGUAAAUGGGAAGCUGUUGAGCCGGGUUAAUAGUCGGGGACAGAAAGAUGAAGGGAAAGGGCAGGGAGAGAUGAAAAGAGAGGGCAGGGGUGCCUUAGGCUUGUUCUUCUAACCCUGAACAAUAGGCUGUUUGGACAGGUGAGCAUUCAGAAAGAAACGCUUACAAGCCUAAAGAAAGACGAGUAGAGAAAAAACAAAGAGAGGAGACAGAAAGAGAGCAACACAACAGGAGGAAAGAGGUGAAACAGAAAGUGGACACUCAUUAAUAAUUAACCUGCAGUGUCCUUGGAUUUCAAAUGAGGCCAAAAACAAGCGAAGGAGCCGCCUGAUUGGACGAGCAGGAUACCUGUAUAAAUGAUUACCCAGCAAAGAAGAAGAGCCUGAACAGUCUGAGUGUGAUCCAUUCAAGUCUUCCCAAAGGCAGUUUACAGCUCAGCAUUACUCCUGACAGCUACAUUAGUCCACAGCAGAUGUGUAGAAGAGAGGGGGAACUUAAACAUUUACAGAGCAGAGCCCUGUCGUCGACUCUGUGUGUGCUUAUACAUGUUGACAUGCCUUCCCUUGUUUGCUGAGCUGGAAAAGCAGGGUGACGCUUCCUGGAGAGGGGGAAUUAAACUCAUGAGGGGUUUGGACUGGCUGUGCUCUGGCCAAGAGGCCUCGUGCUCCUCAGUCCUGUCAUGUUUUCUAAGUGUUUAUUAGUUCCCAUGGAUAUCAGCUGGGCCUGUGUUGAACCACCUCCUUCUCCCCUUCCUUUCUUUCCGUCUGCUCUGACUCCCAUUUAUGCUCCUAAAUCUGACUCGAAUAUCUCUGACUGUUACUCUAACCCUUUCUCCUCCCCUGUUAGUCAAAAUCUUUAGUAUAUCUUAAAUCAGUGGUUCUCAAGUCCAGUCCUCGAGGCCCACUGUCCUGCACACCUGAUUCAAAUGAUCAGCUCAUUAUCAAGCUCGUUAUCAAGCUUACUAACGAGCUGAUCAUUUGAAUCAGGUGUGUUGGAGCAGGGAAACAUCCAAAACAUGCAAGACAGUGGGCCUCGAGGACCGGACUUGAGAACCACUGCCGUAAAUGAAAGUGAGUAAUAGUGUUUAUGAUCCUUCGUCAUUAGAGCAGCAGCUGCUGACUUUCAAGAAUAACGAUUGAGUGGGUGGUUUUCUGGGAGUGUGAGUGGAAAGGAAAAGGGUAAAACAGAAGCCAGGAAGGGACACAUGGUUGGAAUAUAUAAUGUUUAGACAGAGGGUUGUAGAGAGCUGGGGUCCGUUUCACGUAGCAGGUUUAGUGGAAACUCCGAGUUUGUUAACCCUGAAAUCGGGGAAACUCUGAGUUUUCCGUUUCACAAAGGAGGGUUAGUUAAACCAGGGAGAGAGGGGUAACUCUAACCUGUUUCACAAAGAGAGGUAACUCAACCUCGCGGUCAGUUACCACAGUAACAGACUCCGUGAACCUAACCUGCUCGGGAGCAGGUUUAACUCAGUAAACCCAGAGUUUCAGGUGAGACAUCGGCAUUUUCUCAUUUUGAUCAUGUUUUACAUUGUCAAGUAAGUAUUAAGUGGCAGCUCCUCUGCCUCCGUUAAAGGUGGGGCUUUAAAGGUGUACAUAUACAUACUGAGAGUUAGUUUAAUAUUCCUAAUCAUUUAACGGAACAUCAUAAGAGAGUAAAAUUCAUUUUUGAGUGUGAAAAGAGCAUUUUCUAAGGGAUCAAACUGCCACUUAAUACUUACUUGACAAUGUAAAACAUGAUCAAAAUGAUUCAAGCAGUUUCCCUGCAACAGUCUGUCAUUGUAAUUGCACGAGACUAGAUUUAAAGUUACGCAUUGACGCGAGCAGCGAUUUCCUCCCAAGCCCUCUCCCUCUCCUUUGCAGCUGCUGCUGUAUUGCACUUUCUUUUAAAAACGUGCUGUCAUUCGCUGUUGGCUUGCUGCUGCCCCCUCCUUCUCCCUGUUUCCAUUGGUUGAUCAUUGAAUCUGCGCUCCACAGAUGCUGGCUGUUUAUGUCUGGCGUGCACGUGCUUAACUCCAGGUCAAACUACUCGGAGUUGUUAAAACCGUCUCAAAUCAGGUGUUGUGAAACCGGAAACUCAGAGUUUCCUAACUCAGAGUAGAUCAACUCAGAGUUAAGGAUUUAACUCAGAGUUUGUUGAACCACCUACGUGAAACGGACCCCUGGAGAUAGAGGGAGGGAGUGCAAGACAGGCGGAAACGAGGGUCAACACACACACAAUAAAUUCAAGCAGCAAACUAAAACGCCCUUGUCCUUAAAAAAACCCAAACAAUGGCAACAGAGCCAAAAAAGAGCAGGGAAAAUAAUAUACAGGAAGAGGACGGUACAGAACGAGGAAAGCCCAAUCAACUUAGCUUCUGACCGCCUCAACUUCAGAGUCAUGAGGCAAGAGGAGUGUUAGCAGGUGAUUAUAUUAGUUUUGAAACAACUGUCCCAGACGAUCCAUCUUGUUUGUGUCUGGGACCUUUUAACCUUUGACCCGAGAUUGCAUUGCCCUCACUGAUACCGACAAGGAGCUGAGGGGCUGAAGGAGGAAAGCUCUGGAAGUGUAUGAAGAGUGUGAUAUAACAUCCCUGUGCUAAAACUAGCAGUGGAAGCACAAAACACUGGGGACGGCUGUCUGUGGGGAAGCUAUAGCGCUAGCUUAAGGUCGAAGGUCGGAGUUAAGGGGUCAGGUGCAGACACAGAGGGAUCUUUGUUUAGUCUGUUUAGUUUGAUGAGUUUUCAAAAUGACUCUAAAGUUUCUAUUUUAUGAGAGUGAAGAGAUUAAGCGGCACAGUUUUGAACGCCUCAGGUUGAAUUUUGAACUUCAUGUUCUGUCCUAAAGCAGAUUUUUUCAUAUCGUACUCAUUUGUUCUCCCCAUUUUGUUCUAGAUAACCUGAAUAGACCUGAAUAUCUGGUUUGAUUCUAUACAUCUUACAACAGCGCUGUCUGGGUGUCGCUGCCUGGAAAAUUCCUAUACGAUCAGUCCAUCACAGGCCUGAUGUUGCCUCAUUUAGACACGCUCUGAUUAAGCAAUCGGUGUCACAAUCGGAGACACUCUUUUGAAAUAUAGCUCUGUGAUUAUCAACCGAGUUUGGUAUCACUCUGUCUAACCAACCCUCUUUCCCUUUGUGCUGCAGGAAGUCAAAGACGAAGCCAAAUGGAAAGAAGCCUCCAGCAGAAGAGAAGAAGCAGUACUUGGAGCAGGAGUACACAAAAAUCCGAGUAGUGGACUUUGACCUCAAGGAGCUGGUGGUGCUGCCCAGAGAGAUAGACCUCAACGAAUGGCUCGCCAGCAACAGUGAGUGACAGUGGUGAUACCGAGUGAUGGAGUAUGUGUAGGAUGAAGCCAACACAGGCCAGUCCUGUUCUUAAUGAGCCUGUAAAGGAAUUUCAACAUGUCAUUAGAUCCAUGUGUCUGAGUUGGUCUGCACUUACCCUCAGAGGCUGACAAUGAGUUUCUGGUUCAGACAGAACGAAGUCUCUGACAGGAUCCAGGCCUGGUACAGUACUGAGUGUUUUCCACAAUGACAACACGCACAGUUUCUGUACACGCCAUCCUUUACCGCCUGCUACAGGGCUUUGUUUGAGCUCCUUUUGUGAUUUAUAGCUGUCAAGCGAACAUAACUGCUGGAGUUCUGUAAACUCGCGGAGGCCUGGCUGCUUGAUGGAUCUUCUGACACUCUUUGUGUGUGUGUGCGUGUCUGCCUCCUUGACUUUGUUUUGGUUACAGAUCCACACAGCCAGGUGCUUGUGAGGGAAAGAAAUCCUCCCCGUCUUUAAUUUUAGACUGAUAAAUCUUAGUUAUAUAAAACAGAUGAGGCCUGUUUUCACAUGUUGAAAUUGCAGGUUAUGUAAGUUAGCUUGUAUCAACUUGUUUUGGACACUAAUUGGGUUUUUCCGCCUCUGAGAGAACAAAAGCUGGACAAUAUUUUAAUUGCUUUUUACUGGGGCUGGGCGAUAUGGCCUCAAAUCAAUAUCACAAUAUAUUGAACAGUUCACCUCGAUAACGAUUAUGUUGUACGAAUCGAAUCACAUGAAGACAGAUAAAACUUUUGACAGAGAAAUAAAAUAAGACAUGUGGUGUAAGACUGAAGAAGAGAUCCUGCUUUAAACAAGGAGUUAGGGCUGGGCGAUAUGGCCUCAAAUCAAUAUCACGAUUUAUUAAGCAGUUCACCUCAAUAACGAUAAAUGGAUUAUAACUACUCCCCAAGCUGCUCACCCCCUCCCACAUUAACUUCGUCUACUUCAGCCGCUACAACUUUUGAACCGUCCUCCAUCUCCUCAUCUGUCUUUCCCUCUUUGUUAAAGACUGGAUGGGGUGGAGUCACGUCUCUGACGUAGGAAAGCGUCUUAAAGGGACAUGAGACCGAAGCCUACCUACACACAUCCAAAACCAACUUUUGUUUAUUUAUUUAUUUGACAAUGAAUAUAUUGACAUGGGCAAAAUGAUGUCGGUUAUUGUCUUAAUUUCAGUAUCGGUUUAUCGCCCACCCUUACUUUUUACCGUAGUGGUCUGGUCAUGAUUAUUAGAGUUAAUCAAUUCCGCACAUAUAAUAAAACAGAAGUGGUUACCUUCUGUUCAAGAGAAAAAGCUGUUGUUGGGUCCUCUUGGAUGUUACAACGACAAAUCUCUGUCCUAGGUUUGUGCGCUUCGUAUAGAGAAGGAAAGCAGUUUUACAUCAGCAGAGAGGUUAAGUACAGAAGCUCAAAUUGAACAUGCAGCAUUUGACUUUUUAUUCCCUGAUGCUUGUGUUCGACUGUGAAUGUUUCAUUAGAUUCUAGGCUCAUUGUUAAUGUUUAUUUCAGCUAUUUCAGGAUGCCCAUGUUGACUUAGUUCAGUCCCUAACACAGCAGGAGAUCCUCACAGAUUCCUCAAAAUGUUGUUUCAAGUUUAAAAUAGAUUAUUGUUCUCAAGAAAAGGCAUGCAGUCCAAAGAAUGUUUUUUACUCAGAGAUGCAUAUUUUUGCUCUGAAUAGACCCCUGAUCUGCACAAGCAUUUGUUUUUGUAGUUUAACAGGCUUUGAGGGACUUUCCCCCCCCUGUGAAAGAAAUACCUGUUUGGUUGAAGCAACAACUUAAACGCACCUCCCAUCUUCUUUUAUGAUCUGUGUCUAAAACACAGUUGAGGUAUGUGAUGACCUGAUUGAUGAGCGUGUACAUGUGACAGAGUCAGUCCACCUGGUCACAGGUAGAGAUUCUGUGGGUGUGUUCGUAGAAGAACGUGACAUUACACAUAUGUAACCCAGUUCGAUGUUUGAAUAGUAUUUCAUUCAUUGUCAUUGUUUCCUCUCUAUAAAUAAACGAAGCUGAAAACACACACUGACCAGGAUGUUGCUCUUUCUCUCUCUCUUUUGUUUUUUCUGCCACAGCGACGACAUUCUUCAAUCUCAUCAACCUGCAGUACAGCACCAUCUCAGAGUUCUGCACUGGGGACACUUGUCAAGCCAUGACGGCCUGCAACACGUAAGUUAUCACACAUUUAUCGUUUCCUCUCACUUGCUGCACCUCAUCGGUUAAGGCAGUGGUUCUCAAGUCCAGUCCUCGAGGCCCACUGUCCUGCAUGUUUUGGAUGUCUCCCUACUCCAACACACCUGAUUCAAAUGAUCAGCUCGUUAUUAAGCCAUUACAGAGCUUGAUAACGAGCUGAUCAUUUGAAUCAGGUGUGUUAGAGGAGGGAAGUGUCCAAAAUAUGCGGGACAGUGGGCCUCAAGGACUGGAUUUGAGAACCACUGAUUUAGAGCAUAUUUUCACAUAUUUUAUGCAUUUUUCCAAUCUGGAUAAUUUACUGACUCCUCAGCUGUAUCACUAAGAAUACACUUAAUCCUUCUGGCUUCAGGUAAGCACACAGGUGUAAGCAGGAUUCAUCUGGACAGCUCAUUAGUUUGAUUUAUUUGUUGCUUUGGGUGUGUUUGCACUUAAAAAAACACAACAUGUCACACUUCUCAGGAAUUGUCACUGUGUUGAAAAUGUCAUUAUUGGAUUGAGGGUCAGUAAACAGGUGGAGCUCCAGAGGUCAUAAACAGCAGAACGUUCAUGUCAUGUGUAAACACUUGGGUUUGAGUUUACUUACUGAAGACUGACUGACAGAUUCAGGUCAUUUUUUUCCCCCCCUGUUUUUACUGGAGGCUUUUCAUGAGUGGCGUUUUGAAAAACACAGGUAUUACUGUGGUGAUGGUGUAACCUGUUUCUGUCUUCAUGUGAGUCGAUCCUCACAUACCAAAAACUCUGGAUGUGAAGAGUGUGAAGACAGACGUGGUGCACCUCAAAUCCUGUUUACUAUCUCGAUUUUGCUCACAUCGCACAUUCUGCCACUCAAUCAUUUCUGAAAGUGUCCACCUUUAAAUUCCAGCAUCCUCUCUAAAUAUCAAAUCCAGUUCUGGGCAUAAAACUGCAGGAUCCCACGACUCUCAAGUCCCAACACUGAGUUUUAAAACCGUUUUUAAAAUAAUAUUUUACCUCCAGUUUUCUCCAAAGGGGGUUGAGUGUUGCUGUCUACAUAGCUGCUGUGUACUCUGCUGUACUUCAACAUGAAGAAUAAAAGCUGGAGGCCUGUUCCUGCAGAGCUAACACAAGGGAGGUGACUAACUGUAAGAGUUUAACAAACUAGUUUACCCUGUCAGGGUGGGGUGCUGUGCCUCUUCUGUGGACAGAGUCGUUCAUUCCCCCUGUCUGCUCUGAUGACUGGAAAAACCUGAUUCCCCACACUCUGAGAAACAACAAAACACUCACUACUACACUGAUCCACACACUUCACCUGCUAUGCAGAGGUGCAAACUCUCACCCACACACUCAGCAAAAAUAUGAUCAACAACACAACCAUUGAGAUGUGACACAUUUGUGACAGAUUGGUCGUGUGAGACAAAUGCGUCACGAGUCCGCAGCUCUGUCAACAGUGGAUUUUUCCACUCAAGUCACCUGAGCCUAGUGCUAAUAACCCACACCCUGAGAAAGAAAAGAAGUGUUCGUGUUUCGCCUGCAGUGUGUUUGAAGUGAAGAAAGCAGGGAAGAUUAACGUGUUUUUGUUUGAACUGGCUGUUGACUUUCACAUGUGUCAUUGUCAUUAAAAGAGAAACAGAGUUGACUGUCAUAGUUCGCCUCCGUUCAGAUUUGAGCUUAAUAUUCUUACGAGAAAAGCCCACCGCUUCUGACCAUGGCCUCUUUGUCUCUGCCGGAGACCCCACCCUUUCCUGAGUGUGGAGGAGCUGGCACCCUCGCCCCUCUCUGUGGUAAAAAACUGGCGGAGCCACAGUCUGAGCAGCAGCGUCAGUGCCCCUGCCCAGAGGCAGAGCUCAGCACUAUUUUUGGAAGAAAAUGUUUCCAUGAGCUACCAAAGACCAUUUGGUAGCUAUUUAGACCCAUUUAGUAUGAGUGGGUGGAGUGAGAGGGAGCUGUGUGGUCAAGUGCUGCUCACACUCGUCAUUAGCAUCAGCCUUUCUCCUUUGGAUUCAGUUGAUAAAAUACAAAGAUCCACCAAAACUUUACGACUUUAUUUCUUAUUUGCAUACAGCAUGCAAACAGGGUAACCUGUUCUGCAGAGUCUGCUUAACGUCAUACAAGUCAUGUGGUUUGUCGCCAUGCUAUAAGGCCUGCCAAUGUUCCUGCAUUAUGUCAUUUCAUUACUACCAAACGAGGAGCAACUUACACCCGCCCUGUCACCUCUGAAAGGGAACAUAAAAUACUGCAGAAGUUCAGGAGGAAGAGAAGCUUACAUAAUGUCUGUUUAAUAAAGAAGAGCAGAACUCGAAAAUACAGAAAUCGCUUUCAGUCAGCUGUUUGGAAAAUCUGUACGAGGAACUGUUUUUAAUAUUGAAACUUGAACUUUUAGGUAAUCACACUCAUACAAAUAUAUUCAGCCUCGAUCCUCGUGUUCAUGAACAGCCGUCUUUAACAGUAUCUGGUACACAUCAUAUCAGCAUGUAGGAGUCUAUAAAUCAUGUGUAGUUUGGUGUUUUUUUUCCCACGCACUCACACAAUCUGAUCCUGUGUGAGUCGUCGUCAUUAUCUGAGUCUGGACUUGGUCCUGCGGUCAGUAGGUCCCCUCCUGCAGGGUCAAAUAUGCGGGGGCUUUACAUUCCUCCGGGUUUAUAAUGUCUGCCUCACACUGCGAACAUUAACACCUGCGUACACAGAUUUCUUUUUUGCAUAUUUAUCAUCUGCUUAGUAAUCAGUCGGUCAUGCUCACUGGUCAGUCGACUCACCUUUUGUCUCCAUGGUUACCCCGUCACUCAUGUUUUGUGGAGUGCUCCCUAGAUCAGUGGUUUUCAAGUCUAGUCCUCGAGGCCCACUGUCCUGCAUGUUUUGGAUGUUUCCCUGCUCCAACACACCUGAUUUAAAUGAUCAGCUCGUUAUCAAGCUCUGUAAUAACGAGCUGAUCAUUUGAAUCAGGUGUGUUGGAGCAGGGAAACAUCCAAAACAUGCAGGACAGUGGGCCUCGGGGACUGGACUUGAGAACCACUGCCCUAGAUAGCUGACUAUAAGCUGCCUGCAGUUGUUUUUCCGUCUCUGAGGUGGCUCAACUAUCAGUGUGUGCUGUCCUGCUAUAAUGUGGCAUUUGUAAACUACGAAUCCAACCUGCCAGCCGCCUACUGUGCCGCUUUCUGGGUCACCCCUCCUCGCCCUGUGGGAAUGUUUGAGCAGAAGCAGGUCUGGCCCAAAUACUGAGGAGGGCUCAGUGUGCCAUUGACUCAAACAGGGAAACCACCCAAGCUGGGAAGUCAAAGCUGCUGGGUGCAAAGUCUGCUUGAAUGAAAGUAUGAAAACGUGAUAUCUGGAUAAGGAAGCCACACAGAUUGUAGUGUUAGUGGACCGUAGCUGUGUCAGGCAGAAAGUUAAACAUUAUCACGAGUAUGGGUUUUUCCUGUUAAGAGGAAAUGGUCUCAAGGUGAUGUUUAAUAGUACAAUUACGUGUCAUAGGUCGCUUUCAUGUUGUUUCUUUUCCUGGUUGAUUCAAGAAAUGACGACUCAAACUCCAGGAACUGUAACUGUCAAAAAAGUUCUACUCAGUUUUUAUGGUAUGAUCCAGUGGGUAUUUGACUAAACCGUGGUGUUUUCUCUCUCUUUCUUUCUUUUGUAGAAUAUACUACUGGUAUGACGAGAGGGGGAAGAAGACGAAGUGCACUGCUCCACAAUACGUCGACUUUGUAAUGAGUCUUUGUCAGAAACUGGUCACAGACGAGGAAAUCUUUCCAACAAAAUACGGUGAGUCUAUUCUGUGAUUGCAGGCUUGCGGGGUCUCUGAAAGAUGCAGAUGUUGUACUGCUGCCCCCUACUGCUCUGCAUGUGCAGGUGCAGAAGUGUUUAACCAACAGUUAGCAUGCAAACAAAACCAUAAGGACAUUACUCAGAUUUUUUUGUCUUUCAUGGAAAAAAGGGACAGCAGAAAAUAUCCACCACAAAACCCAGCAUCAUAUUUUUUCAACAUGCCUGAUGUUGAUCUCUUUGCCUGAUCAAGUCUCUCCUGUCUGCUUCUCUCCAGGCAAAGAGUUCCCUAACUCAUUUGAGUCCUUGGUAAAGAAGAUUUGCCGGUACCUGUUCCAUGUGCUGGCUCACCUCUACUGGGCGCACUUUAAAGAGACGGUGGCUCUGGACCUGCAGGGCCACUUGAACACUCUGUAUGCACAUUUCAUCGUUUUCGUAAGGGAAUUCAACCUUGUCGACCCCAAGGAGACCUGUAUCAUGGACGACCUGUCCGAAAUCCUCUGCACCCCUGCCCCGCCACCUGCUCCCACCCCGGCCUCCUCCGCCCCCACCUCAGCUCCCUCCCCCUCUGCACAAAACCAUGUGACAGAGAGAUGAGCAGGGGGGCGGCGGCGAGAUGGCAGCCCCGGGGGUGAUAGAAGAUAAGAUAGAGGAGAGAAGGAAAGACAGCCUGGCCCCCAUCCUCGGUGCCAGCAGGACUUAGAGACCUUCCACUACCCUUAUAUUUCGCUACGACACCAACCAACCAGCCGGAAGGAAAGGGGGGGAGGGUUCUGGGGGGUUUGGGGUGGCGGGGAGGGGUUUGUCACGCCAGCAGGAAUUGGCGUGAGCGUUCCUCCCAGGGGCAAAUCCCUCCCAUCUUCUCUGCAAUUUAAACUAGGAACAAAAAAGUAUGUGUAUGUUUUAUUUUUUGGUUUUAUUUCACUUUUAUUUUUUUUUUGUUUUGUUGGAGUUUUAUUCAGUUUUAUUUUUUGUUGUUGGGGCGGAGGGCUCCUCACCUCCCCUCAUCCUCUGCCUAACAUAAAGUGCAGGAAGGGGGCUCUGCUUUGCUUCAACCUACUAUUGUACAGUGUUGUUGAUGUGUGGAGAAGAGGCGUCUCUGCCCGCCUGUCAGCUCGUCCUGCAGGCGCACAGCCACCGCGCUGGCCAGCAGGGAGCCACGUUACUGCCUGAUAGGGCGAUACUAGCCAAUCACUGUUUGGGUUGUUUGUGUGCAGGAUGAUUAAAGCGCUUCCUACUCAGGACCUGAGAGAAUACGUCACUGCUGCCAGAGAGAGGGUUCCUCUCUUCUUUUGAUUCUCUGUCCCUGGUUCUCCAGACUGCUCAGUCCCGCCCAUGACAGACUGACAGAUCGUGUUUAAUUUCAGUGAAGUCACAUAAUCACCACAUGUUCUCCCAACAAACAUGCCCCAAAGCUGAUCUGGGCAGCAAACAUGGAAACAGGAAUACAGAGAGGAAAUAUAAAGAUUGUAUGAGAUAUUUAAUGUGAUCAGAGAGUCGAAACUUUGAGACAGACUGGUGCCCGCCGUGUGAGGCUGAAUCAGAGCACAGCAGCGGCCCCUUAAACCGCCAACACCACCAGCUACACCCACUCCAGCAGCAUUGAAGGACAAAGACAUGAGGUAAUGUCUGCAGGCCCAGAGAGAGAAAGAGAGAGCGAGAGAGAGAGAGACGGAGAGGGGGGUGAGAGGAGAUGGUGUGGAGCUGCUCUGCUGUUUAACAGUCACCAGUACUCCCAGUGCGAAAAUCUCCACUUUGAUCUGUUUUGGUUUUGACCUGUCCCUUAAGAUUUGCUUUUAAAAAGAUUAUCAGAGGAAAAUUAGUUGAGAAAUAACAACAAUAAUGGUAUUAUCACACAUGUAUAGAAAAUGCACAGUCUGCUUGGACUUUACUGUACAAAGAAUCACAAGCGGGUUCUGUCAGACAUAGCCUCUGUAUGGAGGAGGAUUGGGUUUAUAAUGCUCCUUUUUUAUUUAUUUUAAUUCUUUUUUUUUUUUUUUUUUUUUUUUGCAGGGUUGUUCAGUUCUGGCUCUCGUUUUUAUGUAUUUUAAUUAUUAACUAAGUUAAAAGCAAUUUAAUAUUUUAAGCUCUGCAGAUUAUAAUCUAAUAAAAGAGAGAAAUGCCGCCCUGUCUCAGUGUGUUUUUGUGAAUGUCUUUGUGUGAAUUAUUCAAGAGCACAGAAACACGAGUACACGAUUGUGUGCAGCCUCAUAGCAAUAAUGUUUUAUUAAACAGCAUUAAAUCAUCAUUAAAGGUCAACAGUAGUCUCAAUUGGAAUAGUUGUGUUGAUCCUUUGCGGUACCUCUAAAAUCUAAGAAAAAGAAAAUAAACAGCAGGAUUGUGAUAUGAUUAAGUUGGUUGUCUAAAAGAAGAAAAACUUGACAAAAGUAAGAGUUUUAAAAAACAAAGAAGUGCACUAUAGAAAUAUGUGUUUGGAAACAAGAUUAUUUGAGCAACUAAAAACCUUCAUUUUGGAUGCUACAUUAAAAUAUUUUUAAUGUUUCAGGUUAGACUGUUUGAUGGAUAAUGGUUUGUAAUCCACUGUCUCAAUGUUAGAAGUUUAAUAUCAUCACCUUCUUAAAUUCAUGGCCUAAGUCACUUUUUUGACAAAAAUGACUUUUUUCCUUUUAAGUCAGUCCUUCAUGAUGCCGCCCAUCGCCGAUAGAAUUGCCUAAAUCCUCAGUUGAGCAGAUCAUGUGAUACUAUCCUUGUCGUAUUAUUGCCAAUGUAAAGAGUGUGAGUUAGGCCAUUUUCUUUCUUUCUUGAUCAUUGACUAAGGCCAUUAUUUUAAGAGGGUGACGAUAUGCCAAGUAGAUUUUCAAUGAAAUAAAAGACGUUUUCUUCACAGGAAAGUCAUGAGAGGUCUUAUCAGUAAUAGAAAUGAUCUCUUUAUACAUUUCUAUCACCAAAUUUAACAAAUCCGGUGUUAGAAUAUUGUGGUAUUGGAACCUGCCUCUUGUACUAUGGAGCCUGGUUGUUGUAACACAUGCCAAAUGUAGUUUGGUAUAUUUUUGUUGUAUUAUGUAAGGUCUAUGCUGAGAAAUGUACUGUCAGGAUGGCAGCAUAUUUUUCUCCAAAACCUGAAUUUAUUGUUCAGCACGAAUGGUGCCCCCUUAAGUGUCUAAGGUACCCAUGCCAUUAGCACUUAAAAAUCCACCCAUGACAAAUGCAACCCUGUUGCCCCUCCUGUCUUUAGUACAGAGUAUUCCACAACCUUGAUUUCCAAAAAAUAAUGUUAUAUUUUAAAUUCGCAAGACUAUUGGAAAGUAUUUCACUCCACCUUAGUCCAUCUCCAUAUGGAAGGAGCUUAGACCAGCAUUUUUGGAUCAUGUUGAUGCAUGGUGUUCUCUUUGCAUGAUAGUUUUAACCUUGUUUUUUAGUUGCAGUGAUAAACUGUGUUCAAUAGUUUUUGAACACAUGCAGUGAUGACUUCCACUGCAGUCACGUCUAUUUUUAAUCUGCCUGGGUCCCAAAGAUCACAAUCACUCACUCUCCGUUAUCUCAGUCCAUUUUGUAAGACAUUUUUCCAAGGUUUUUACGUUUUAACCUCCAUAGUGCUAAAAAUUCUUUGUACACUGUAAAACUAAAGUGUCUCUUUCGGUAUAUAAAUACACAAUCUUCAGGAAUCAUUCAACUUUAUUACUUUUAGAUACAUGCAGCAGACAGUUAAAAAAGAUCAACUUGAUUCCUCAGGUUUCCUACCAGUGUCAAAACUCUCAGUGCAUUCAGGCCCUGAGUAAGAAGCUUGUGCAACAUUUAUGUAUACUCAUUAUAAAUAAAUAUAACUCUGUCAUUCAAAGCUCAACGUUAAAGUAUUGCAAUCCUCUAAAACAGGGGUGGGAAAUCACGUGCCAUGGAGGGCUGUGAGGCUGCAGGUUUUCUUUCCAACCCAAAACUCCACCAGGUGAUUUCACUGAUUACCUUACCUCCAAGCAGAGAGCAGGGACUAAUCAGUGAAAUCACCUGGUGGAGUUUUGGGUUGGAAAGAAAACCUGCAGCAUCUCGGCCCUCCAUGGCACGUGAUUGCCCACCCCUGCUCUAAAAGGUUGGAAGGCAUCAGCGACUGUCCAUCCUGCUCUUGCGGACAGCCGUCCCCCCACGCCGUCUUCUCACAGACGCCCGCUGGGUGACGCCCUCGUUCAUCUUAAAGAGCGCGAGGCCUCCUACUUCGUCCAGCUUCUUGGCGCUGCAGAAUGGGGUCGGCACCUUCACCGUAUUGCCGAAUUUGGAGUAGUCCACCGCGUACAUGCCGUCCUCUUCGGACACAGUGGGCACGAAGCGUUGCCCCCACAAGAUCUCCUCCCCAACGUAAGAGGUGCGAGCCUGUGUGGUGAUGCCUGUGGUCUCCACCACCCCCUCCAGCACCACGAUCACCUCGAUGUCCUCGUGCAGCAGGUCAGAGGCGGAGACCUCAUACAGAGGACUGCUCUUGUCGAUCACGUGACAUAUGAUAAGUGGGGACACCAGGAAUACCCCGUUAGUUCCAAUAGGGUUAUCCAUGUGGAUGUCGAUCUGAUUCAGAGGAACCACCUCGCCCUCCUCCGUGGUGGUUCUCCUGACCACCUGCAUCCUCACGGUGGCGCUGAUGAUCAUGCUCUUCCUCAGGUCCCCAAUGCGGACCAUGAAGCACAGUUUGUUGUUUCUGAUGCACACCACCGCGUGUUUGCUGAAAAUGAGCGUCUCCGCGCGCCUGUUCGCCUGCGCCGUUUUCAUAAAGAUGCAGCCGAGCAUGAUGGCGUUGAUGACGAGUCCGACUAUGUUCUGCACGAUCAGGAUGAUGAUUGCGGAGACGCACUCCUCCGUGAUCAUGCGACCCCCGAAGCCGAUGGUCACUUGGACCUCUAUGGAGAAGAGGAAGGCGGAGGAGAAAGAGCGAAUGUCCGUUACGCACGGGACAAAGUCGUCUCCUCUCAGGUCCAGGUCGCCAUGCGCAAAAGCGACCAGCCACCAAAUCAUCCCGAAGAGAAGCCAGCUGCACAGAAAGGACAUGGUGAAGAUGAUGAGCGUGUGAAGCCAUUUUAAAUCCACCAGAGUAGUGAAGACGUCCUGUAAAAAGCGACCCUGCUCUCGGAUGUUGGUGUGCGCUACGUUGCAGGUGCCGUUCUUUGCGACGAAGCGAGCUUUGCCCGCUUUCGCCUUAAACUUCGGCUGUAGGACAUCCUCAGCCAAGCGUGUCAGCAGGUAAUCCUCAGGAAUGAUUCCUUUCCUGGACAACAUAUCGCUCCCAUACUACGCUCCCCCGGCCCUUUGCCUUUUGGUGGCACUGGUUUGCCUCUCGACUGUAUGAUGUAGGAUGUUUUUCUGUUUACACCACUCGAACCCUGCGGCAGCUGCAGGGCGCAGGACAGAGAACCCUGCACUCACCAGGCUCGGGGAGCUAUGCGUGUUCCUCACGUUGCCCCCGGAUUAGGCGCGGAGUCCCAUAAGGAGAGUCUUCUUGCAGCCCCGCAGCUGCCGCCGUCACUCACGACCCCAACAAGCCUGGCAUAGCUGUGCCCCUCCGCUUUGUCUCACCCUGAGCUGUCCUACUGGUGUUCACUCCGCGGCCUCGCGCUCAAAGGAGACUCAGUCAGAUGGCAGAUGUUGAUGCAAAAGCGUAAUGGGCAUGUGUAGGGAGUGUUAUCACCUUAGGAUGUGGCGCAGUAGGUUUCGUGCUGACACCGCCACUUGACUACAGCUUGGUAACAUGAGAUAGAGCUGCUGUGAGGUGCUGAAGCAGUUCCUCCCUCCUCCACCUCUGUGCUGCCCUUCCUUUGAGUCUCAAUGAGAAUGCAGAGGGCCCAGUAUGCUGUUAAACGCGUACUACAAGUUAUACUGUGAAUAUGUGGUGGGUUCAUUAUAGAUUACUCCACAGUAAAUCAUCCACAGGCCAUUUCUGUGAACUUAACAUGAGUGGGAAAGUGUGCCUCUAAAGCCAGUCAAUGUUUUCAAUAACACUCAGUCCUACAUUUUGAAACCUGAUGGUCCUUGUAUCGUUUGUCACACUGUAAAAGCAUUAUGGGUGAGGAUGGGGCUCUCUUUGGAUCUCUUUUGGCAGUCAUAUAACUUUCCAAAGUCAGAAGUCAGUCACGGCUGCAGCAGGCGCAGCUUCUCGUUCUGCGGCGCCCCUGUGUAUAGAUAGGAUCACUAUCACUAUGCUGGGUUUCUGGCUCUCUGCCUUGUCCUGCAUCACAUGUUCUUCAGCUCCACUAGCUCAUUUUAGACCUGCACAUGACCUCUAUCAAUCCUAGUCCACCCCCCCCCCCCCAAACAAUCAAACAAACAGCACAAAUGUAAAUGAUAAUUUAUGUUUUAUUAACAAAGAAUCCACAUCUUAUGUACAAAUAUAAUACAUGAUUAAAAAAUAAAAAGAAUAUAUUCCAUGGGACAAUUGCACUUUGAAUGUCUUCUUCUUAUGCUUCCCGUCUCUGUUCUUGUGCUACUUGUCUGCUCGCACAAAGGAGGCGAAGACGCUGUCCUCCUUGUCCAGCAGGGCCUGGGGUCUGUCGUACUCCAGGAUGAUCCCUCGCUUCAUCACAAUCACCAAGUCGGCAUUCAGGAUAGUGUGAACACGAUG